AAAUUAAAUGGACAGAGCAUCAGCCUGUUUCUGUUCUUGUCGAGGUCUUUCACCUGAAUCUGCAGCUCAGGGACUAUUCUCUCUUAAGAUCUGCUCCUCUAGGCUUUACUUUAGUAAAAUAUCUGGACUUUUUGCUCUUUUAGGAGUUCAUGUGAAGAGAAGAGAGGUCAGCGCUGAGGAUGGGAGGGCAGCAGUCGGUACCUGAGGACCUGGAGCAAUCUGUGGAGGUGCUGUCGACAGUCAGUGGUAAGGAUCCCUGCCCGGGUUAGCUUAGCCUCACAUAGGAAACUGUGGUUUGCAUCUUGGUAACAUGUGUCUUCUAUCAGGAUUGUGUUCAGGUAAAACUUAGCUGGGUCCUCUUUAACCUUGCAUACUCACUUCAGCUACAGAUUGGUUUUGGCUGAAUGCAAUGAAGUAUUUCACACAACUGAAUAACAGAGUAACGGUAGAAUGGAAGGAACCCUGUUCUCCUAUAACGUCUUUGCAUAUCCAGCAGAUUUUAUGUCAGUUCGUUGUUACAUUUCAUUAGAAAAGAUUUAAAACAUUUGACCAAAAGUAUGUUGAAUAUUGAACAGAAGAUCAUUAAGUGGGUGAGUUGACAUGGUCAUUGCCCUCAUCACUACUGUUAGUAGGAUUGCUCAAUUAUGGCAAUAUACAAAUCACCAUUAUUCUGAUUGAUAUUGAUAUUGCGAUUAUCAAGUGAUCACCCAAGAUUUUACAUCAGUAUCAAACACAUUUAAGCAACUUAGAAAUUCUUAACUCUUUGAAAAACACAGUAAGUACAAAAAUCAACACCUUCUGUUUUUCGUAAAGCAUGUCUGUCUGCCUGGGUAAUAUAAAAGGCAUAUGAACUAUUGAUUGAAAGGUACCAUGCAUCACAUCUUCACUUCACUGAGGAGUUUUGACUUAAUUAUAUAAGUAAUCUCUAGUUUCUCUCUCAUCGUGCUUAUUCAGUCCCUUGGCUAUUCAGACACAUCAUUCAGUCUGGGUUAUGAUAUUUUACAGUAUUUUAAAGCGAUCAGGAUGAGGUGUUGCUCCACUUUUUCCUGUCAGAGAUGGUUGUGGUCCAAUAGCUCCUCAGACUGCUCUCAUAUCUGAGCUCAUCACUAUUCUCCUGAGACAGACACUAAUGUUUUUCCCAUAGUGUCAACAGGCAGAGGUGAAAGACUCCUUUUUUACUGAUUGAAUUGAUUUAAUGAGUGUGAAUAAAUCCCUGUUGUUGUUGUUGUUAUGGGGUUUUGGGUAAAUAGAAUCAAGAAUUUCACACGAUUAAAUAACAGUAGAGUAACGGUAGAACUGAAGGAACCCUGUUCCCCUACAACAUGUUUCCCCUCAGGGGUCUAUCUUAGGUCCCCUUUUGUUUACAUGCUCGAGGCCAAAUCUUGCUUAGGCAUGGUGUAGACUUUCACUGCUGCACAAAUGAUACUCAGUAUGCCUCUGCUGAAGUUCAGCACCCCUCAUAGUUCUCAGAUUAUGUCCUAUCUGACUAAAAUAAGGUUUUGCAACCCUGAAAACUUUCUCUUGCUCAAGACUUUAAAUUGGAAGUGACUCAUCAUGACUCUGAUGCCCCCUUUUCUAGCUACAUUGAGAAUCAGUCAACAAUAAUGUUCCCAAAUAAUGUUGCCUGUAAACUAGGUUUAUGCAGUCCUGCUUUGGUCAACAAAGACACUCGACUAAAAUCAGGUUUUUCCUUUACCCUUCCCAACUUGGAAAAUGUCUUUAUCCCUUUUAUUUGUUCUAGGUAGUAAGGUAGAAGAUUAACUUUCUUGUCUGUGAUGAGAUUUGAAGCUUUUUCAGGGUCUUUUGACAUUGGUUUCGAUCUUUCGGACUCUAGCUUUUCUUCUUAAUGGAUAAAAAAUCUAAUAACCCAAAAUGGAAAGUGCGUGACCGCCUUUUUGAAGUUUCAGAAUCUGGGAAUGCCCAUUUGAUUAUGUGAUGAUGAAUUAAAUAAAAUAAAGACAAUUUGAUCGUCCCAGGAAGGCAGAGAUCUUUUAUAGACGGCACCAGUUUAAUUUCAGUUUGAGCUUCAAGCCAGAAUUUUCCUAAAUAAGGUUUAAUCAAUUCAAUGAUGUUCUAGUCAGAAGCUGCUUUUGUUUGAGCUUCUGUGUGUUUAGGAGGGUGAUAGGCACCCGGUUUACUGGGAAAAUAAACAGAAAUCUGUGGCAUGUCCAGAAUUUUUUAAACGGUCAACAACACAGACGACAGAGUACAUCAGGGUAUAUUUGAAAAUAAUGAUGAUUCCCAUGCCUGUUAUUAGGAUGAAGCCCUUCAUCUUUACCUCCAGUUUUACUGUCUUUUAUUCUAACACAAACACUAAAUUCUUCAUGUUUGCUGAGGCCCAAAAGUAGUUUUCAGAUAACUUAAGACUUAAAUAAAAAAGAGUGAGAAUAUUUUGAAAAAAUUCCAAAUUUAAGGCAAAGAUACCUUGAUGGUUGAAAUGUGAAGCUGUGACUCCUACCUGCCUCCGUUUGGCUUUUCCUGACGUUAACUUCUUCUCUUUUAUUUAAUACAGUAAAAAUCAGAGUUUAUUCAGGGUUAAACAAUCAAACAACUUCAUCAGUUUUGGGAAAAGUACCUGAUUCAGGCUGAAAUCAAACAACAGUGUUUUCCCCACAGAAUAACACUGAGCCUUGGGCGGCGGGCUUGUUGAACAUUUCAACCUACAUUCCUAUAUUUAUGUUGAAUUAUAUCAUAUGUUAUCUCUUUUAUUAGGUUAGAAUAAAUAUUAAAUGUGUGUUGUUCUCUAAAUGAUUUCACUGUGUUCACAAACGGCUUUUAUUUGCUUAACUUACUCUAUUUCUGUCAUCGAACACACACACCCUGCAGCUACCUGUGUACACACAGUGGUUUUUCUCUUCCCUCUUUUCCGUGUGACUGAUUUUUUGACAAUAAUCAUCAGUGGCAUUUAUAACAACAAAAAUACAAAAUAACACAACUCCGGUUUUUAAAAUAAUUCACCUAGUCUCCUAUUAACACCAAACAUGAAUCAGAAGAGGAUCAAACUUCUAAUGACGAAUGCAACCAUCCAAACUGAGGCUAUGUAUUUGUAUGUACACACAUUAGUGUCUUUAAAGCAGUUUGUCAAUAAUAAUAUAGAAUACGAUCAAUCAUUGUGUUCUAAAACUGAGUCAAAAAUUCAAUCCCUGUGCAGUUUUCAUGAUAAAAGAACAAACGGAGGACAAAGUGUUUUUGAUAAAAGCUGUAAACAUCUUAAAAUCUUAUGUAUAAAUUUUAACAUGGGUCUCUAUGGGAGUUAACUCACUUUUGGAUCCUGCCUCUUGUUGUCAUUGAAGGUACUGCAGUACAGUAGACUUUCUGUUUCUCUCCCCCUUUGCUGAUUGUUGCCAUAAAAGGCAACUGUACACUUAAGUUGACUUUAGUACCCGGUUAAAAGGCCACAGAAGUCUCACAUUUGACACAAACCAGCACAGAAACAGUUUAAAAAUGAGUCUAAUUAGCUGUAGGGGGUUUUGUGUCAUGGCCUAACCCCCACCCCUCCCUUCCUGUGAUAAACACAGAGCAGACAUGAGAACCAGAUAAACAAUCACACAUUCACUAGAGCAAACAGGAAAAUAGGCAGCCUGAACACGCUCGUAAACAGAGUAUGAGUCCGACUUUGUUUUAGCGAUGUCUCUUUUGGAGUUAAUUCAAGACGGCCAGGAGGUGCUGACUCGACUUCUUUACAACCCCUCUGUUUCUAUCAGUGUGUUAACCCGACGCACUAACAGCAGGAGCCGUGUGCCGACCUGGAGAAGAGGUUAGUGUUAAAACGUACAUGAUGAGGCGAUAUUAUGGUAACUGGACGUCCUUAUUAAAACAGCACUCUGGUCUGUUCUUUAAAUCAGAGCUACAGCAUGACAGGACCGGAUUUCCUGUCAGCUUAGGGGGAUUCCCCCUCAUCAUUUAGAUACUGAUAGAGGAACCUCAGUAUUGGGCAUCCUGCUUACUCUACACUUUGAUUAUUUUCUAGAUCUUCCUUCUAGAUAUUGUCACUAUGAGGUUAUUCACUCAUAGAUUCAUGUAAGCGCAUUGCAAAUUUAGUAAAAAUGUUUAUUUCAGGUUUUUCUUGCGUUCCAAAGUUGCCUUUAAACAUUAAUUCACCCCCAGUGUAGGAUACAUAUAAAUACCUUUUAAUGGCUAUUUAAAAAUGAAGCUCAUUCUUAAAGGUAUAACUCCCACAAUUCAGUUUUCUAUAAAUGCAAGCCACACUUUUCUACAUUAGUCCAUUCAUGGCCUAAAUUACUGAAUUUGAGUGUUAAAGAAAUCAUAAUUUUGGGGGAAUAUUACUUAUUUAAGGCAGAAACAGGAAUCUAAUAUCUAGUUUAGUGUGAAAUUUUAGUUUUGUAAUGCAUAGAAUACAUUUUUGAUUCUUUAUGUGUUUGUUUUUGUGCAUUCAUGCUUUAUUUUGAGGUAUAUUUUAAAAUAGUAGGAUACCCCGGUUUUCCUAAAGAUACAAGUGCAGCUCAAGAAAGUAGCCUGAAUAAAGGUAAUUCAAAAAGUAAAACUUUCCUUUAUUCUAUAUUCAUUACAAGUAAGGUACAUUUUUGUUUAAAUUAAAUGAUUUUGGCUUAUAGCUGGUAAAAAUCAGAAAAAGUAUCUUAAAUUAAAUUAAUCAAAAAAGGCUUCAAAACACAGAAUUGUUAAGCUCUUGCAUGAAUAUGGCGGCCUAUGGAGGGGAUUAGCCUGUAGCUCUGCUGAGGUGUCGUUGAAGCCCAGCUUGCUGUGAUAGCAGCUAUCAGCUGGUCUGUAUUAAUAGAUCAUAGUAUCCCAGAGAUUCUCUGUAGGGAUCAGGUCAGGCAAGUUGGCAGGUCAAUGAAGCACAAAGUUCUUCUCGUCAGAAAAACCAUUUGGUGGGGGUUUUAGCGUUGUUGGCAUAUGAGCGUACCGAUAAAGACUUUCAGCUGAUGGAAGCAAAGGGUGCUGUAAAAUUUCCUGCGUUCUUGAUGAAACGCAGCUUUUAAUGGACAGAUAUGGGUUUGUGAAUGCCUUAUUCUUUAAGCACUACGACUGGGAAAAAAAAAAAAACAGAUUAAAACUUAUUUAUCUUGCCUCUAGUGGCUGGAAGAGAAACUACAGUUUUUUUAGCUCUAAAGUACUUGCUCUCAUUUUUCAGCUCAAAGGAUUUCUGCCUGUUUGACUCAAUGCAGACUUGAUGCAGUUUUAUCUUAACCCCUCAACCUUGAAUGUGGAUUAUUUUUCAGUUGAGGUGAGAGUAAACCUUCAUUAGGAAUAAACAGUUUAUUCCCAGUCGUAUGUUGGACUUUCACAGACUUAGGGAGGAGCAGGAGAGUGAAAGAGGAGUGGUGUGAUUACUUAAGAAACUUUGACAGGUGUGUGUGUGCAAUCAUGUGUGGUAGCGAGACAAACAGGGAGGGUUUAGAACACACAUGAAGAGAUGAGGAGAUGAGGAUGAGGCGGAGGAUACUUUUUCUCUCCUCUACCUGUGAAGAGUAAGAAGCUGGUGAGAGAGGUAGAGGAGAUCAGAGAAAGAGAGAGAGGGGACGGGAUGAAGGAACCCACAGAAUCAGAGGAAUAUGAGCGAGGGAGUGUUGUGUGCAUCUCGCUGGAGGAGAUGGAGAGCUACUACAGAUACAGCCAGUGCUGCCAGCAGCUGCAGAGUGAGUUCAACACGGAUGUGUGUGUGUGUUUGUGAAGUUCGUACGGAUGUAUGUGGUGCAUUUUAAGACCGACAUUAGAUUACAACCAUGACUGUUUCCUUAGGCAUGAAAACCAGCACAGUCUGGACUUGAAACUGAAUAUUUGUGUCUAUAACUCAACCUUUUCUUCCAAUUUUUGCCUAAAUAUCUGUUUAAAAAUGAAUCAACUGAAGUGCAUGGACCAACGCAGAGAUCUCUGCAUUGCUAUAUUUUUUAUUUCAGUUGAAUACUGUACAUUUUUAUUCAUAUUCGUUUAUUUAAGGUUGCAGUGGAAUUUUAGAAAGUUGCAGCUCAGUUUUCUUUUCCAGCCUCUUUUGUUUAAAAAUGUCAUUCAGGUGUUAUUUUUAAAAAGCUGAAUCAUGAUAGUGAAGGUGUAAGCUUGAAUUCCUGUCCAAAUGGGAUCUAACUGUUUGCUUACACCAUAUAUUUGUAUUACGUAACUACAAAUCCAAUUAAGCUGUUCAUUCAGAUCAGGGUUUUUUAGGUGCAGAUAGGUGACUUGAGAUGUAAAGUAAAACAUAACCAAGCAUGAAAAUGGCAAAACAUCCUUUGCAACGUUUUUGUGUCUUUUAGGAUCGCUUCGAUUGCAUCCACGAAAAAACCUUUUUCAGCUGAGUCAUGAAAGAAGCAGCUGCAGAGUCAGACACUAUUUUUCUCCCACAAGCUUUAAAGUGAGGAAAAACAAGAGUAAAGGCAACAGUGUCCCAUAUUUUACAACGAUUAUAGCUCCAUCUCCAUGCCUACUUUUGCUUUAUAACUCUUAUGAAAACUCCAGCAUAACUCUUUGCGUCAUCUUCAGCAGUAACUCUUUAACUGUACUGAGAAAAAGCAUUAGUUCCUGUUCCUCUGCUUUAUCAGACUCUCUCUGAUGUCAGAAAUACUCCUCUUUUAUAAAAGAAGCAUUCAUUACAGCUGGAAUCAGGAUACCGGACAGAAUGGAGUAACAAAGGAGUGAUUCUCAUGGAUAUUCAUGUGCUUUCGAGUCACCAUGGUUAUUAUAGAUAGCGUAUGCUCUUUUGCAGCAUAGCGGUCACUUGCUUCUUGAAAAACACAAACGUUAUAAAAUCUCUCUCAUAACAUUUUCAUAUUGAUGUCACUGUGGUGUUUAGGGUGCAGCAAACUUUGUCGACGUCAGAAAAAGUGUCGAAGAUUGUUUAGACAUGGGAAUAUUUAAUAUCUUGUGGUUAAUUUCUGGAUUGAAAUCCUCUCCUGCUCAAAGUAAUGGUGGCCUUUGAGGACAAAAAGGUUGUGUGAUGCAUGAGAAGUAUGAUCCUCCAUUUUCCUAAUUUGUUUGUCGCACAGCUGUUCCCUUCUUCUGAUCUUUUUUCUCAAUUUUCAGUGCAAUGAAUACAAAAAAAAACAAACAUAAAAAACAGAGAUUGAAUUAAAAGUACAAAAAUAGUUGUAAAAAAAACAAUAGAUACAGACCAUAAACUACAAUUUUCUUCAUCUUUCUGAUACUAGCUGACAGAAUAUACUUGAUGGAAGGUUGUUCUCACAUUUAAAAACAAGUAUUAUGAAUGAAAAGUUAACAAAAUUGUCAAAAUUUAUAGAUUAUGUUUCUGUAGAAUGGUGCAAUGAUGCUUUCCGACAAAUUUUAUCCAUUAUUUUCACUUUCUAUUUAUAAAAUGUGCUUAAGGGUGCGGUUAUUGUUGGUUUGGUUUACCAGGAGUCACUGUAAGAUUCCCACCCCUGCUCCUGACUGGACAUAAACCUUAUGCCUCCAACUGCAGGCUGACGCUGUAAAAAUAUGGCUGUAUCACAAACUGAGGGGCUGCAUGUCAAACAGAAACCUCGAGCCAUCAAAGUCACUUCUCUUCCAGGUAGAUAUUCAGAGAGAUGUAGAUUUAAGGCAGAAGAAAACACACUUUCUCCAGCGGAGCCAAAGUACAUGCAGUGAGUACUGCUAUAGUGACCUGCUACAUCCUUGUUUACUCAGGGUGGUUCAAUAAAAGGUGGCAUAAUUACCCAGCAGCCAUGUGUGCUUGUAGGAGGUGUGUCUGCAUUAAUAAAAGAUUAUUUGCAUUGAUCAGGCACACUCCCAUGUGUCAGAAUCCACAGUAUUUCAGAUCUCUGCGCCUGUCAAAGACGCUUCAGGUCUAUUCUGGGCCUCUCCUGCAGGCUUUGGUCUUUUUUUGGAGAUGACGUGUGUAUUUUUAGAAAGAGCUAUUCUAGAAGGGCUGUGUCAUGAAGACAGGGGCAGUGAUUCUGCCGUUGGAUCUGAUUUUCCUCCUCAUUUUUUAAUGUUUAAUUGAACGAAAAUCACUGUUAAACUAGCAGGAUUAUAUUUGAUUCUUAUGUAGAAUACACUUUGGUUCAUAAUCUGAAUCAAAUACAAGUUUCCAAGGGGAUUUUUGCUGUAAACUUGAAGUCAUGUGUGUCAGCAGUCAUCAUUUUUGAGGGGUUGUGUUUUUUUUGCAAUCGCACCAUCUUUGUAACUUCCACUUUUGUUUCCCUGAAUAAUGAUCAAUCAUGCCAGUUGUUGUUUUUCAACAUUUGCAAAACUUCCUCUUUUGUUCUUAUGAUUCUCAUGACCUGUUCCCCAUCAUGUCCCCACAUUAUCACACCUAAUUUUUAGCUUGAAAUCUCGUGACUUAUUUCCUGAUCAUCAGCUGAGUUUGUAAUACUGCUGACUCUAAACCUCUCACACCAUCAUCCCCUUUUAAGUUUAUCGUCCUUAAACUGACCAAGAAAAAAGUUUAAACUCUAACAUCCUGUGACUUUGUUUCCCAAUCAAUAAUCCUGUCCAGUCUUGGCUCUGCGCAGAAAUGUAAUUAUCCUUCAACCACCUGUACCAAAGGGCUGUGCCGGAUUUGAGCCCUAAUUAUGGUCUGCGCCUUAGACACACACAUUUAUCAGCUGUUUUUUGUGGGUAUGUUAUGUCAUCAAAGCAUCCUGGCUGGGCACAUUUUGUUGUACUACAUAUUUGGGUUUCAUGAUCGACUGUCAAUAAAGUUUUGGCACUCUGUCCAUUGAAACCUAGUUGAGGUUUGAGUCUUGUAUAAUGAUAUAAACACCAUCGCAUGUUGACAGCGUAAGUAUAGGGCUGUAAGAGCAUCAUAAUUACCCAAUACCUUGAAUAACCCCUGUAUGAUAGAUUGUAUAUUAGUGCAGAGAAUGUUUGUUAAAACUUAGAGGCUAUUGAUUAAGAGCAACAUUUCCUUAGCUAACCCAAACCAAACUGAACUGGAUGAAGUCUCAAAGUGAUAGAUUGUCUUUGGUUUUGUGGUGUUUUGAAACUAUAAGGUACCAUUAAACGGUUUAUAAAUGGUACCUUGAAACAGACAUUUGACAAAAUUUACUUUUUUUUGUAACAUACGGUGGUUAUAAAAAGAAACAUCCGAAUAUAAAAAAGCACAGGAACAUUUAGGUGGAUUAUGAAUAGUUUUUUUAUGGCAUUCAAGUGUCAACAUAUUUGGAAUUGGAGGUUUAAAAUAAAAAAUAAUGACGUUACUCUUAACCAAGUUCAGUCCAAAUGAGGACUAUUUACAUCAGAAUAUCACAUUAGGCAAGAGUGAUAUAAUAAGAUAUAAGACUAUUUUUCUUCGUCAUCCUUUCACAGCUGAUAUCUUUCUGUGUUUGCAGUUUAUUAUUUUAGGCCAUACGUUUGCAGCUGUUGUGUAUUUAUAUUCAACAACAUAACAGUAAUAGUUUACUGUGGAAAGACUGUCAGCCUUGUUUUAAGCUGUCCGUUUGUUCACACUUCUCCUUGUUUUGGCCUCUGAGUCACUUCUCAAUUGUUCUCUUCCUGUUUAUGCUCCGGUCGGCCAAUAGUGUUUCAUCUCUGAGGGGAAGGAGUUGAUAGUGUUUUCGCCUCCGCAGACAGAGACGAGUGGGACAGAUCUCAAAUAAAUAAUCCAGCUGGGGGUUAUUCUAGCUGUAGUCUGAGACACAUCCCUCCUUCAUCCAUACACAAAUACAAACAGGUCUCCUUCACAUCCGUAUGCACACUCCACAGUCUGCUCUGCAUCCCAUCUAAAGAAAUCCAAGGAUGAUUCGAACAUUAGAGUUUGUGUUAUUUCCCAUCCUGUAGUCCUUAAAUUAACUUGAUUUGAGCUGCUGCAUAUAAAUCAAGAUAAGAUAAUAAUUUCAACUCAAUUCAGUUUAACUUGAGUGACAAAAGCCAAUCAGCUUUUUAAUUUACCGAUUUCAUGGUGCAUCAAGAGUGAUCGAAACAACCUCCAUUUAACUAACAAACCAAGGUUUUGUUUUUUGUUUUUUCUCUCUUGAGGACAGACCUGAAAAAACUUGAUUUUUUUUUUACUCUAUAAAGAUCUGAAUCAUGGUUUAUUGUUUCAUGUUUGUACCACAGAAGUCAGCCAAAGUCAAUCUGUUGUGUCGCUUGCUCUUUAAAGUGAAACUGAGACUCACCAGUACAGAUUAACAGCUGCUACUCUUGGAGAUGUAAUGAACCAAUAAAUGUUGGCUACUGUUUUGCAGACACAUCUGGAGGGGUUGGAUUUCAACACGUGUGUGUAUAUAUAUUAUAAUCCAUUUUUAACUUCAUGUUAGAACUGUGAGUGGACCACCAGAGUUGUUUGAAGGAAAAUGAGCAGAGUCAGGAAAUGAACCAUAAUGAACCUUCUGCUGUUUCCUGUCCUACCGCUAACAUGCUUUUAUCUGUAUGUGCAUCUUAAUCUGACAUGAACUGAGCACGUGCAAAGACAUAAAUACACCAGAGUAGACCUGUAGCUGACCUUUUCUGUUAUAUUCAAUUCAGUUGAAUCCCUUUGUCUGUUUAUAAUCUUUCCUCAGACUAGACUGAGAGAGUCGUCUUUAAUUUAGCCUCAAUCCAAUCUUUAAUCGCACACAUACAUCAUAUCUAAUCUCCUCAUGCUUAAUCUCAAUCCAAAUUACAUUCCUUUAUUAUAGUCGAUAUUUUGGAUAGUGUUUGGUGCCGAGUGAUGAAAUAAAUUCUCUUUUUCUUCUUAGAGACAGAAAGGAUUAACACUGUGCCCCAUUUUAUCAGAAAAUCCUCUCUGUAGGUAGCUGUUAAUUCACCUGGGUGCACGUUAUUAUCUUUAUGAGUAAAACCAAUGUGCAGGUAAACAGACUGACUCUGUAAUUAGAUUUUUUAAAGAUGUUUAGACUGUGCAGAUGGCUUGAUAAGGAUGGGACCACAGCCUGAGUGAGGGGUUUGUCUGCUCAUGCAUGUGCACAUACAUGUGAUCGCAGAUUAUCCUCUCUGUGCAGGUCAGCUGUGUUCAUUCAGGUCUGGAAAAAAAACAGCUUUAAAUCAUUUCAAAUGUCUUCUCUGUUUCUGUUAAACCAUAACUAAAGAGGCAGAUGAACGUACAAACUGUUAUCAACUGCACUGUGCCACUAUACAUAAUAUAUCCAAUAGUUAGGUGCUUCUGGGAAUGAUAGCCAACAUGUCAUGACUCCUUUUGCAUGUGCUGAAAUGAGCAAUCACAUGUUUGUAGUUGAAAAAGGAGUGAUAUUUCAGUCUCAGUUUCUCUGUAAAUACUUAGCAAAAUUAACUCCUCAAGGAUAUCUUUACAAAAGGCGAUCAUUUUGCAGUUCUUUAAAUAUCCACCUGCCUCUGAUGUGUCUCAGCUUUAUUGUAAAUUGUAAGUAUUUUUAGAUUUAAGUGUAUUCAGGUCAAAAAUGACACCAAAUUCACCCCCUCUUGAUUUGUUUCCAAAAUGAGUUGUAAUUUCUUGGUUUAUUGCACUUCAGGGGGAUCCCCCAUUAGUCUGUUUCUUCUGGGUCUCAGUUUCACAGUUAACAGUGAGUUACACAGAAACUCCAGUCUGGCUUACCUCAGGAAUACAAACCCCGAAAAGAAGCUAGUUUUCACUCAAGUCGUUUCCUCUGAACAGGUCCAUAGUUUGCCGAGAUAUAACUGUUGUGGUGCAGAUUUACAAAGUCAAACGUUUAAUUUUUUAUUUCUCUGACAUUCAUUUCAAAUUUGAUUGAGCCAUUAACCUUUAGGGCCACUGUAUAUUUGUCCUCAGGAGGAGAUAAAAACAACCCUUCCAUCUUUGUUUCUUGAACAUUGUAAAGCGGUCAGAUUGAUCAAUGCCGAUGUGUUUAUGGGAAAAAUGAGAACGCAAAACAAAGACAAGACAGCACAUUCAGUGCAAAAAUUUAGGGCUUUAGGGGUUACAGUGUUAAUCCUGAUGUGAUGAAAAUCCAAAAUGAGUGCUGUAUUUAUUUAUAGCAGGGGUUUUUGACCUUUUUGGCACGUCCUCCAUUUAGCCACAGCAGCAUCUUCUUCUUGCUGCAACCACAACGGAUGACACACCUCACUGUAGUAGAUAGACAGCUCAGCUGACAUGACAAAAUUAGUCAGCUCUUUGCAUCAAACUUAAUUAAAGUUGUAAUAAGAUACUUUGAGUUUAAGCUACCACCUAUGAGCUAAGGAUACAAAUUAGUUAAGUUGUUAAUGUUGAGUUUAAAAGUUGUCUUAGAUGCAAGUACAUGUAUUUUAGACUUGUGUUUAUUCAAAUUAAAGGAUUAACUGCAAUUUAUAAACAAAUAAUAUGACGGCCUAGAUAAAUCCUAAUUAAAUCAUGUUUGUUCAGAUAUUAUAAAUAGAAACCCCCAAAUCUUUCCAUCUAUGCUGAUAAAUUAGAUUAUUUAUUUAAGCUUGUUUCCUUAUUUUUCCAUGUAAGUAACCAAAACAAGUUUAUGCAACAGCUGCAUCUUUCCUUUCUUUUAGUUUUAUGAUUUUAUUUGCAGCAUACCAUUGAAUAAAACAGAUUCAAUUUACCAAAAGCAAGACAAAGACAGACAGACAAGGAGGGAUUAAAUGUAUGUAUCGUGACCUUAAUAUAAUGACGGCGUUGAAUCAUCAUGGACUGAAUUAACCUGUGUCUGCUGACUCGAUCAGUGUUGUGUGCAGCUGCAAACAUACAGUACAGUAAUUACUAGGGAUGCUGUUUGAUUGUUUUGACAAAUGUGAUCGUAGGAUAGGGAGGAGGUUCAACUUCUGUGUGUUUUAUAGAAUCAGAAAUGAGCCUCAUGGAUUUAAAACAGUUUUAUUUGUUAAGUUUUAAUUUUCCUUCAGUUUGUUUCAGUUUUUUUUGUGGUUCUCUCUUCUUUCUUGGCUUCAGUUUGUGGAGUUUCUGCAUUUCUUGCGGAGGGAAAAAAGAGCAACAUGUUAGCAAACCAGAAUGACAGCAGGACAGCUUUUUAUGAAUCGAACUCCUGAGGGUCUUUUCACAUGUGCACCAUCCAACUUUCUCACUGUGUCUGUGUGUGGCACACUAGGUCCCCCUGCUGUCCUCCCUGCCAUUGUGUGAGAGUGUGUGUAAGAGUGUGUGUAUGUGUGAGUGUGUCUUUAAGAGUGUGAGAAAAGCUGAUGGAAACAGAGUAGGAGGCAUCUUCUCCUUCUCUUGUAUUUGAAUCAUGUUUACAUUAAGUUCUCUUAGCUUUUAAUACAGCACAAUGCAGCGUGGUGCGUUUAAAUGCUUGUGGGAAAUUUCAGCAUCUAUCACCUGGAUGUAAGUUGUUUUAAGAGGCUCCCAUCCUCCCUGUCAGUGUAAAACAGUGACAUGUGAAACCAGAGGCGGAGCAUCUGAAGCCCCGCCUCUCUGGCUGGCACAGAUGGAAGGGGGAGGUGUGUGUAUGUGUGUGUGUGUUUCUAUCCUCUGUUUGAGUGUGUGUGAGCUGCUCCGCGCAGUGACAGCUCAGUCAGCGGUGGGACUCCUCGCUCAGCGCAUAAUGGAGAGAGUGAACUUCCACCACGAUGUGCUCUGACAGCGUGUGUGUCUGUGUGUGAGUGUAGUUUAAAAGUGUGUGUGAGUGUGUGUGUUUAGAUGUGUGUCAGGGGAGAAUACAUGUACUGGUUACAUGAUGGCUCUGAACCGAGUGUCUCAACUCUGCCACGAUAUCACCCGGCUGUGGCUGCAGCUGAAGAUGUUGACAGGUACAGUGUGUGUGUGUGUGUGUGUGCGUGUCUGUGUGUGUGGGAAGAGAAAGAAAGAGAGGAAAGCUGUUGGAAAAUGUGUGUGUUAGCUGCACAGAGACCAAUAGGAUGAUGGGAAAUGUGCAGGUGCUUCCUUAUGUUUGUUUGUGUGCAAAAGCAAACUGCAGCCAGGUUGUCCAGGUGUUCAAAUAGAGACAAAAGGCUUUAUGUGAGACCAGUUUUCCCUCCAUUUGGACAAAAUUGUUGCGUUGUUUUCUACUUGUACAGGUUGCAGUCUCUGUUAAGUUCUGUAGGAUGCAAGUAUGGAUCAGAAUGAAACUUGUAGUGGGUAAAAAUCCACUUUCUGCCUGAAGUAGUUCCAAAGAAAGGCUGUCAAAGUUGUACAUAUGCUCUAGAAAUUGGCUUGUUGAUGCAGAACAGAACAGAACAAAAUGGCAAGACAAAAUGUUAUGAAUGGAAUUAAAAAAUGUAUUGAUGCCGCCCCAGGCAAAAUUUUGCAGAUAUUUCCCACCACUUUUUGGAAAUUGGGGUCACAGCCAUGAAGUCCCACUUUGGUUUUCACUCUUGACUCGGUCUCAGUUGCUUGGAAUUGGACUUGAACCUACAAUACACUUGACUUAACAGUGACCUUCUAUUUUUUCCUGUCAGCUACAUUUUAAUCUCUCUGUAUAUUUACACAGGAUUUAAAAUGUUUGGAAUUGAAAAUAGAAAAAUCCACCUAGAUGCUGCAUCAUGUCCCUUGACUUGGCUAAAAGCACCACAAAACUUUGCUUUGAUAUGAAUUAGUACUGAUAUGAUGGGAACUGACAGCACAACUGCAGGAUAAUUUGUUCAUGUGACAUUUCCAGUCUUGAAAAGAAAUUGAUUCAGGGUUAAAAAUAGGGUGUGUAGUAAUAACACACAAGUAUCUGGUCGACAUUAAGGUGGAGGAAUAACAAAGAAGAAAUUAUUGUGUUCGAAAUGUCAAAAUAAGAGUCACAAAUGAUUAUCUUAUGAGUUUUUGUCUCCAUCUCUCAGGAGCUUUUGUUUUCUGUUGUGGGUCAUCCUCAGGGAACCAUGAAUCACUGUAAAAUUAUUGCAUUUUGGCCUCUUGUUCCCAAAGGCAUAUUGAAGGGGGGUAUUGCACUGUCAGGCAGAACUCUUGAAAUAACACUCAUAAUUGCACAUGCACAAACAUAAUGAAGCCAUUACUUGUGCGUAAUGAAAGCAGUUUACACGUCCCUGAAUGAAGGUUACUUUGAUUUCCUCUCAUUGCCCUGAGACGCUUUUCCUGCUGGAGGUGUUACCGUCCAUCAAACGCUUAUGUAACUCAAUCCAGGGCUGAGAUUUUUGUCCUGAGGUCCUGAGUGUGUGUCCAAGUGAUGCUAACGUGAGGUUUGUGCGCACUCGUUGCACUGUACACUGACAGCAUGUUAAUCACGCUGCUCCCAUUAACCCAGCGUUUCCUCUCUCGUCAGUUGGGACAAAACCCUUUUGAGAGUUUGAACGUCAACAUCUCCUCCCCCUCGGUCCUACUUUCUGCUGCGUGUCUGUGUGUGUGUGUGUGUGUGUGUGUGUGUUCACGUGCAUGUGUAGUGUGGUGGACUCUUUCUCUGUACUAAUCGCAAACGGCGUCGAUGGCGAUCUGGCUGUGUUUUCUUUGCCCUCUGCAGGUUCUCUCAGGUGUGUUUGCAAUGUGCAGAAAAGUGAUCCUCUGUCUUCCCCCAAGCAGAUGGAUGGUGAAAGUGCCAGCCGCUCCUUGUUUUGCUUUUUAUGCCAGAUCAAGAUUAGAGGCUGAAAAGUCUUGGCUAAGCUCUCAUAAUAAUCUUGGAUUUGGAAGUUUUUAUCCGGCCUUUAAAUCACCUGUUUGCACAGAUUUAGCAGCUGCUGUUGAUGUGUAAUUGUACCUUCGAGUCAAUAGUCUCCGUCCUAAACAAGAGGGCGGGAUCAAUAAGUCAAUGCAGCUGAAUUAGAUGAAGUGGAUCGGAUGAAUCUUUAAUCAUCCCUGUGGGAGGAUGGGAUGAUAGCAAGAGCAAAACACGACAAAUCAAACUAAUUGGCUUUUACAGGGAAGGAGGAACAUAUUCCUCAUGUAGCCACACUUGUCUAAAUGUAGUCUAGAUGACACUGACAAGCAUAAUUCUAAUAUUUAAGAAGUUUAAUAAAGUGUAGACAGGGUUGGACUCUUCUUGAAGGUGUCCUCAGACCCCCCCAGCAUAGAAACCUGAUCCCAAAAAACAGACACGGUUUGCAUCUGUGCGAAGAAGUAGGUCAUGAUCGAAAGGUCAAUAAUCCUCCGGAGAAAGUGAUCCUCCUCUUCUGGAUCUUAACUAUGAAAAUAAGUUCUGAUUAGAGAGAAUCAGAUCUCUAGUUACAUCAAAACUGCAAGUUAAUCUGAUUUUUCUUUCAUGUGACAUUUCACUUAUGCAGCGCACAAAUAGAGGAGAUUCAAUGACAGGGGGUUUUCCAGAAGAUAUGAGUCGCUUUGAUUGAGCUGAAGGGGAGGCACUCGAGAAGACAUGUCAGGAUAAUUUGUCAUAACUUUAUCUCCACUUUUUACUCAGCCUACUUAAAGUGAGAAUGUUGCACCUUUAUUCUGCUUUUAUGUCGUUCUAAAACAGUCAAAGGUAGAACAGAGGGGCAGUGAUUGCCACCUUAAAGCCUGCUGCUUCAGCACAGAAAAGGAAAAUAUGAUGUAUAAAGAAAAAGGUGGUAAAGAAGGAGAUAAAAACGUUAUUCUGAUCCAAAAACACCAGGUUAAAAGAGGUAUGAUCCCUCUUCCCCCUUUUUUCUAUCUGUCAACAGAAUUGCAUCUAGCUCUGCGGUUUGAAACAAGAAAGGUACUCUUGUUACACCAACAGAAACAGGAUGGUACCAUUUGGUUAUUUUGGCACCUUUUCCCAACUUUUGUUGUUGGAAAAGCAAGUAACUUGAUUACAAACUAAACCUGUCUGAACUGGACUGCUGUGAAAGAAGUAAAAAAAGAUUUUCCAGUUCUUUCACUCACUUUAGUCACCCUAAAAUUCCCAGGUAAUAGCAUAGACUGAGGAGAAGCAAGUUUUAAGUUACCAAAUAUUGAGUCUGAGGUAGAUGUGGCAGAUUCUUUCUAUCUAUUAUCCUGUAAACUCCCUGAAGUGAUCCAGUGACCUUUAAAGGGUAUUAAAGAAGAUAAGAGUUGCUUUCUUUGCAUGAUGACAUUGUGCAAAAGAGUAGGGUCAGGUUUUUCCUUCAACUGCACGUUUCUUUCAGGGCAAGUAAAAACACAGCCCUCCUCUUUCCUUCUCCUCUGUCUGUCAUUUUCUCCCUCCUCCCUGUCUGUCUUUCACAGUCAUUUUUGUUCUCCUUUGUUCUGCGCGGUGUAAUGAGAGGUAGUCAUAGCCAGAGGCAGCUAAAAACAGGCAUGCUGUUACUCUCAGCUGAGCUUUUACAGUCUGUUUUUACUCUAAUGGUGGACGGAGAGGAAGGGAGGAGGUCGAAGGAUUGAAGCCACAGGAUUGCAAGGACAUGCUUUGUAGUUUAGUGAGUGAAACCGCAGGUACAUCAACCACGUUCAGAGUAAAUUUCCAUAUAUUUUCAUGAGGCUGCAGGUCUGUGGAAGACUUGAGCAGGUGAUGGCUCAGUGCAGGAAGACCACUGUGUAAAAUCUGUGUAUUACUUUGUCUCUACUCGCUUGAAGCCCAUGUACUCUGGGAACCCGGCCUGAGCAUUCGCGUGUCUGUGUGUGUGUUGUGACGGCAGUGCAGACCGCAGACAGGGGGACAGUAGUGUGUUGUUACCCUGCUAUGAUGAUGCCACCAUCUAUUCAGUAGAUCAGGGCUCAGUGCCAGUGACAGGGUCAGGCCUGAAGUCAUUGCUCUGAUUCUUGAGCAUCGUAGAGUACGUCACUUUCAGCAUCUUAGUCUUACGAAGACGUACAGGCUGGAUGCAGCUUGCACUGCCUGAUACAGUUCAGCAUCACAACUAAAGAGCCAAAUCUAGAAAAUACAUGCCUGAUUAAAUGUAGCAUUUGGACGUUUAGCAAACUGUUAAAGCACACAAACCAUCGUCAUAUUAGAAAUCCGACGCUAUGACUCUCCACAAGUUGUCCUUCAGGUUGUUAUCUUUGUAAUAUUUGUCUUUUUUAUCAAAAAGCACUCUGUUUUCUGACACUUAAACAAUCAGCUGGUCGGCCAUGUUGGCGGUGAAUCUGACGUCGCAACAACACCAGAUCUGAUUGGUCAGAAGUAGACACACAGUAUGCGAAAAUUUAGAAAAAUCGACCGUGAUACGAAAAAAUAAAUGCCGCAAGAUGGCAGGACGGGAAAACAUCGCAGAUGUAAACGCUUGUAUUGACAGGAUACGGGGUCGAAAAAAACUAUCGACGUCCAAAAUAAUCGCACAAAAAAAAUGCUCCUGGUGUGUAAAGACCUUUACUCUCUGCCAGCCAUUUGGCAUUAGUCUGAUGUUUCUGGUGAGUCUCAGUUUUACUGUAAAUGGCAAUUCGAGAGACGAUCAUGUGCUGGGAUCAAAAGUGAAGCAACAUAUACAGUACUCCUUCAGGUGUGUCUGCAAUAUAAAUGCUGUCAUUUCUUGGCAUAUUACAUCUCCUAGAGGAGCGACCUUUCAACACUCUCUGGUAGGUCUCAGCUUUACUGUAAACAAUAAAUGACUUGAGGAAUAGUGAUAUAUUGAAAAAAUCUGAGUUGAUUGUACACCUUAAGGAAUGUCUGCAAGGUAAAUGCAAUCAUUUUAUGGUUCAUCACUUCAUCCAGAGUAGUUCCCAUUUAUCAGUUUUUUUUUGAGUCUCAGUUUCAUUGUAAAUAAGAAAGUAAACAGGUUUUGCUGUGGCUUGCUUUAGUGACCUGUAGAGACCAAAUGAUCAACCUUUUUCCAGAGGAACAAAGAUGCCGAAUCUUGUUUUUUAUUUUUGAAUGUUCAAUUGAAUCCACCGGUUUUCCUCCGAUUGCAACUGUAAAGCUUAAAAACCCAAACAAUAAGGAUGAAUCCACAUUCAAUCAGUGAUAUUAAUGUUUGUCUGUCUGCUGUCUCCUGAUCCACACCAAUUUAAGCUUUGGGCUUGGUGUGGGAACGACACACACAUACACAUUUACACACACAUUCCACUCCACUGUUGGCCGUGUGACCCAGUUGUUGUUGGGCAUGGUGUAUGUGUGUGUGUGCGCUCCAGCCCCGGUCCUGUGUUUGUGUGUGACAGAUGGGACUUCAGUAAACCCUGACUGUAAUGCCUGAUAAUAGAGCUCAGAUUCCCUCACACAAGUGCGCAUACAGACAGACAGACACACUCGUACAAACACACACACACACAGCUGCAGGGCGCAUGGUAAAUCCUUGCUUCUCCGCAUGUAUACACACACACACAACAACACGGACCAGGCCUCUGUUGGCAUUUGAUACCAACACAGCAACUCUCAACCCCCACAAAGAUACACUCUCACCACACAUCCACACACACAGACUCACACACACACAUCAUUUCUCCAACCCAGAGCCUCCAAGUCUACGUUCUUAGUCAGUCUUGUCCAUGUGUUACAUACCAAAGGGGCAGAUGGAGAGUUGGAGGUCCCAAUGACGCCUGAGGUCUGCACUUAUGUCUCUGUCGUCACCAAUAUCAAAGUCGUCUCGGCAGGUCUUGUUAUCAGGAAAAAGUGUGAGCAUUUUGAGUAUCACUAAUUUGGUGAUAACUGGGAUCAUUACGCUUCAUCAAGAUGUCUGUAGACUUCAUUUUGAACAGGCAAAGGCUGAUUGCAUAGGGUAAUUUUAGGGUGACCAUAUUCUGACUUCCCAAAAAGAAGACACGACUACGCGGGGGCGGAGUCACGGAGUCACGGAGUCACACUAAGUCAAUUUUAAGAGUUUUCAGGUCGGAUCAAGUGUCUUUUAUGUGUUUCUAACUCAGUAAGUCCACAUGACACAAACUCCAAACUUACGUACAAAACCGCAGACAUUCAAAGAAUUUUAUAAACUUCCUCGGACAAACCCCGACAGCCUGGACCCCCAAAAAGAGGACAUGUCCGGGUAAAAGAGGACGUAUGGUCACCCUAGUAUCUUCUUGAAAUUAAUGGCUGUGAAUUUGAAAACUUUUCAAAUGUUUGUUUUGGGCUGGGAGAUUAAUCACUUCUGAUGCAUCCUGGGAAGGAGGGAAAUCUUAAUGCUGAGAGGCUUUAGGGUCACAUUACCAAACUUUAAAGGGAUAUUCUGGCGUAAAAUUAAUUUAGGGUCAAACACACCGGGGUGACGCAGCUCAAGGAAGAAAAUUUAUGGUUAUUACUUCAUGGAAAUGCAAUCAGACAGAGACGCUAAGGCAGAAGAACUACCGCGUCUGCCGUGCAAAAAUGAUCAAUAUGGUGAUUAAUACUUCAAGGAAAUGAUAAAGAAAUGAUCAGAAAUGUUCUUCCUUGAGCUGCAGCCCCCCGCUGCAGUCAAUGGACUCGCCCAGAGAUCUUCAUACAAACAAACGUCUGCUGGAAGAGAGUAGGUGAGUUGUGUUUGGUCUCUUUACUUAAGAAAUCCGGCAAAGCUAAAAGGAUGUUUGGUGGCUAGUACUAUGGCUGGGACCCUACAUGUACUGUUGAUGAAGUUAGGUGCUGUUCUGAGCAUUAUUUGUGGCUAUAGAGUGGCGUUUUGUUUGAGCGCGUGGCUCUCUGUAUUGCUAUCGUGCGGUUGUUACUAAAGUUGGUAUAACUAGAGAAGCAAGCGGUCGGCAACAUUAAUCUCUCGACGGGGGUGUCUAACUCUGUGUUAGGGUGUGUUUGACCCUAACUUAAUUUUAGGCUGGAAUAUCCCUUUAAAUGGAUAUUUUAUCCAGAACAGAUUGUUUGCUGCACUUUUAUGCUGUUUUAAGAGGGAAAUUGUCGUUGUGAGGGACUGGAUGUUAUCACUGUUUUGCUCUCCGUACAGAUUUUUUCCUGCAUAUCCUCAAGCCUGCUGAUUGGUGUUUCAUCUCUUCAUAAUAACCAAUAAAGAGAAGCAUUCUGUCAUCAGCCUUUUCCACUCUCUCACCUGCUGUAUCACGUGUCUCUUUCCCUGUGUUUGUUCUCCUGCCAUGUUUUUGUUUGCAUAGUCCACAGUCAGGGUCGUGUGUGUGUUUGCGCUCACAUCAGACAGCUCUGCAGCUUCCUGUGGCUUUGACCUUUGACCUGCUGUCAACUCCGACAGACAUUAACCAGCGGAGAACAGCUGGCGGACAUCUUUGAUCUGACGGCGAGUGUGUUUAGCAGAGAAACCUGUGGGAACAUGACUGAACAGAGAAGAAGGUGUGUGUGACGGUGAUAGCUUUGAGUGUGUGUGAUGGACUGGAAACUUCGGAGAGGUAAUUGGUUCUCUGCUGCUCGGUCACCUCCGAGGUCAGACUGAAAGUGUGUGUUGUUUAACGAAAUUGAGUUUUUACAAAUUACACUGUAAGAGGUGUUAGGGUUAAUUGAAUCCAGACUCUUAGUCUGAACUGUCUGGGUGUGAAGAGUUGGCUGAGAGGGAUGAGUUAAUCAGCCUACAUGUUGCUACAAAAGACUGUUCUGCAGGUAUUCCAGGUAAUAUUCUGCGACUUUACUUCAUAUGAAGUCAAAACAAAAGCAGCUUUUUGACUCUAGCACACUGUCUUAUAAGUUGAGCUCAAAAUUUGGGGAUUUAAUGUUAUUUCUUUGUUUGUACAUGGCGUAAAAUGCCUGUGACACUCAUCAAAUUACUUAGAAAUGAAUAAGGUUGUUCAAAUUUUUGGAUCAUUUUCGCUAUCAAAAAGUAUCAAAGACGGAUCUAAAGUCAUGACUUUAAUCCAAAGCUGGUCUGAACAAAAGUGAGAGCAGCAGUGGUCGAGUUUCAUAGAGAAACAGUGAAAAGAGCGAGCGCUGCUGAUGAAAUGAAAAUGGUGAAACAGAGAAAAAAAGAGUUAUUUAUUCGUGCCAGUGAAGACUUUUUAUGACUUUGAGAUGCUCAAAUGUGUGUGUUCAGGUGUACUGCUGUGUCCAUGUUGUAGUACAGUGGUUCUCAAGUCCAGUCCACACCUGAUUCAAAUCAUCAGCUCGUUAUCAAGCUCUGUACUGGCUUACUAACGAGCUGAUCAUUUGAAUCAGGUGUGUUGGAGCAGGGAAACAUCCAGAACAUGCAGGACAGUGGGCCUCGAGGACUGGACUUCAGAACCACUGUUGUAGUAUACAGUAUUUAAGGCAGUUUUCUGUACAGUUAUAAAGUGAGGUACCGCUCUUGACCUCCAACAUCAGUGAAAACACACUCCCUGUAUCACAUAGCAGCAGGCCAACACAUUAAAUAUGUAGGCAUGUGCAAAGAAACCAUGUCCUCCAUUUCAUCCUACUGAGACAAGAGCACCUCUACACUGCUUUUUUUCCGACUGCCUCAUCCCCUCCUCCUCCUCCUCUUCACUAUCUUUUCACCUCUCUAAAUCCAGGGCUUAUUCUCCUGCAUUCAGCCGGGGGCACUUGAGAGUGGGAAAGUUGGAGCUGGAGUGAUUUAGUCUGUUUUUAUUAGUGGCAGAGUUCAUCACAUAAUUAAAUCCUGCAAAAUAAAAAGCCUUUUUUUUAAACAAUGAUUUUUUUUUAAUGAAAGAGGACAUAAUUAAGGGAAACUUUACCUUAAAGCAAAUUAAUCUGUUGAGUUUAAACAUAAAGAAACUGUGUAGAAUAGUCGUGAAAUAUUACUUUUAAUGGUAUAGAUCUUUAGGGUUAGGGUGAUGGUUAUGUGUCCGCUUGCCCCCUAGCUAAGCCCCUUAAAAAAGGAUGAAUGAAAUGUUAAAGGGGUUUGGGGGAAGGGUACAAAAAGGCGGAGGGACAUUCUUUCUGGGCCCCCCAUAAUCACUAUUUGUGUUUAGCUUGCAUUGCCCCACUUCCAGUGCAACUGUGUGUGUGUGUCCAUGUAUUUGUGUGUGUGUGUGUGGUGGGUAAAGGGGUUCACUUGCAGCCGAGCCGCUGUAGUUUGAUUUCAUUCACUCAUUGGACUGAAGACAAAGCAAGCAGUUUUAGAGUUUCAGUGAAAAGCAGCUCGACGCCUGAAUGUCUGAUAUGUUCGAGCGUUUCACCUCUAGAAGGAGACAGGGCGUAUUUUAACCUCGCUUUAUUUUCUUCAUUCUUACAGGGAUUAACACAUUUUAAAUAAAAACCAUGACAGAUAUUUUGCAGAAACCUGUAACACUGAUGUAAGCAUUACACCGAGUUAUUUAAAACUGUUGCUGCUUCUGUUAUGAAGUGGUGAUAAAUCAAAUCAUGUGACUCCUUCAGAUUUCUGUCACUUCAUUAAGUUUUGUUUGAGAUUUCUUGAUCCAAAUUAAACUGUUUCCUAAAAUAAAUAUGCUUCACAAUCAAGGAACAUAGGCUGAUGCAGAAAUGCUCAAAAUUGCAGUUCCCCAAGUGCCCACUAGAGGCUGUCUGCAGAAGCACCAGUAGCCACAUACACACACAUUCUAAAAGGCCAAUGUUUGAAGUGAAAACAAACAUGUUUCUGGUCUUGCACAAAAAAUGAUUUUUGAAUAAAAUUGCUUGUUUUUCUCCGGCAAACUCUGCACAGAGAGUGAAAUCGAAGCACAGCUAGCUUGACUGACAGGUGGGCAGCUAGUAGCUGUUAGCAAGGAGGGUUAAGGCCCACCUGAACUCCACCUCUGUGUGUCUUGCCUGGUAGUUCGAUAGUUGGGUUGAGUAAGCAUUUUUAUACAGUCUAUGAGCAGUUAACUCAUUUUGCUAAGGGGUCUGACGGCUAAGAGAAAUGCUGAAAAACUUCUAGAUCAUACUGCAUACACCUAUUGCACCGCAUUGUAUUUUACAGUUUUGGUCUAACUUUCAUCAACACUUCUCCUGCCAGUUCUCUCAGCUAACCAGGGACCCCCUGUGGCAAAUACACUUAUUUUUGCAAGUGCUUCAUACAACCCCUCUCCAUAAAAACAGCUUUAAUUCAGGAUACAAAAUUAGCUGCUUUUCGACUUAAAUAGAGUUGUUUAAUCACAAAAUUUCUUUUUAUCAGUAAGAACCCCAGUGUGUGUUUGUGCCAAACUGCUCCUCCACCUGAAUGACUGUCAUAACACAGUGUGGAACAAAUGAAACUCAAACUCUGUUUUUUUUUCCUGUCUUCCUGGAAAAAAAUAUCAUUUUUUGUCGCGCUAACAUGCACAGAUGCUGCCAAAGCCACUUUAAAAAUCUCCAGGUUGGUGCUACAAUUUGUUUAAAUGGGGAUUUUAGAAAGCUGUUCAAUUUGUAGGAAAUGUACCUUAAAAUCUGGUCAUCACAGUCAUCUUAUUUUGAUAUUUAUUUUGGAUCAUAAUCAAAUAUCUCAGUCACACACUCUUUCUCUCUCUCUCUCUCUCUCUCUCUCUCUCACACACACACACACACUCGGUACAGUAGAGUCCGAGUGUGUUGCACAUGUCUGGCUGUGUUCCAGACUUGGGUUUAGCCGGGCUUACUGCCUGACACACUGAACCAACAGCUGCCCGGAUAACACGCUAAAACACACACAUCCUCCACUCCCAUCACUGCCUGCUGUAGUAGAAGCUGAUUAUAGUGCAGUUGCUGUUUUUGGGUAAAUUACAGGCUGGCUCUGAGCUCUGGGCUCAGUUUAAGUCUAUUAAAGUGGACUUGCAUUAGUGCCAAGAAAACCAUCUCUGCGAGGAGUAUCCUGCUAAACUGUUCCACAUACUCUCUCAGGGCUUUUCCUUCCCUUCUUUGUGCCUUUUUUUUACCAUCAUUAAACUUCCUUUGAGGAGUGAUUUCAAAAGUGUUUAUGAGUCAUUUUACGUCCUAAAUAUGUCGGAAAAGUGAGGCCCAGGCUGUACGUUUAGGAAGUGUAGGUAUUCCCAUGUUAGUGUCCGUGUAGAGAAGCUGUACAGCUCCUGAGUCACUGCUCUGUCAUCUCUUUAUAAUCCUCUAAUAUCUGUCCGCUGCCUCACUGGCUUUAUUACUCUGUAAAUGUUUGUGUACCGCUGCUGCAGACUCACUAAAGAUUCCUGUCUGACCACAGCUACAUGUAGUUAGUGUUCCUUAAUGAUCCUACUCAGACCCAUAACAUCCUGUAAACAGCUGCCUGAACACACACACACACACACACACACACACACACACACACACACAUACACACAUAUACAGAGACCUGCAGCAUGUGCUUUGAGUCACUGUCUAGCCGAUGGUAUGCUUAAUACACACUGUAAAGCAUUAGAGAGGAUAUGAGCUCUUAAUCUGUCAGGUUUCAUCGUAUGGAGACGUUCGUUGUCUUCAAAGGUUACAGCUCUGUAUGACCAAUGAAGGACAUAACCAGCAUAUAGUGUGUCUGUGUGAAGAUCUGUCUUAUAAAAUAUGAUGAAGAAUGCUUGUUGUAUGAUCCUCUGCAAUGGCAUCUGUGUAUUUUAAUGUGGUUAUGCUACUGUGACAUGACCAGUUUUGCACACAAUUGCAUACUGUUACUGUUGUUUACAAAAUUAUAAAACUGUUUUUAUUAGCUAAUGAACUUUCAUGCAUAGCGACGCCCAUUCUUCCACAAGAUUUAACUAUAAGUAAAAUAUGUUUGUAGAUGUUAAUGAGACUUGAACUGUACGCCAAGAGCAGCCACGUUUUACUUUCUGUACAUACUUAAAAAGCCAAGGCAGAGAGAGUAUCAGCAAAGACCCCAAGCUCUGUUUUGGGAGCUCCUUGCCUUUUUUUUGUGUCUGAAAUGCCAAAGCCUGAGGCAGGCAGAACACACCCACCUUCUGCUCGAUGUACAUACUUAAAAAGCCAAUGCAGAGAGAGCAUCAGCAAAGACUCCAAGGCUCUCUUCAGGUAUAUCCUGUGUGGGUGUCUGAAAUGCCAAAGUCUGAGGCAGGCAGAACACACCCACCUUCUGCUCGAUGUACAUACUUAAAAAGCCAAUGCAGAGAGAGCAUCAGCAAGCUCUGUUUUGGGAGCUCCUUGCCCUUUUUAUGUGUCUGAAAUGCGAAAGCCUAAGACAGACAGAAUAUCCCCACCCACCUUCUGCUUCAUGUAUCUGCAUUUAUGAGAAGCCAAGGCAGAGAGAGCAUCAGCAAAGACCUCAAGAUCUAUUUUGGGAGAUCCUUGCACUUUUUAUGUGUCUGAAAUGCCAAAGCCCACAAAUGCAGAACACACCCACCUUCUGCUCCAUGUACAAACUUAAAAAGCCAAGGCAGAGAGAGCAUCAGCAAAGACCUCAAGCUCUGUUUUGGGAGCUCCUUGCCUUGAGAGGUGAAUCACCAAUUUUCUGUUACAUCUACAUACAGUAUAUAAAAAGCAAAGGCAGGAAAAGCAACAGAAAAGCCCCCCAGGUUCUGUUCUUGGACCUUCCUCAUGCUGAUGUGGAUUUCCAAAAUCUGGAGUGGGCAGAGCACACCCAUCUUCAGUUACAAGUCUUUGCUCAUUUUAUUUCAUGUAGGGUAUAGCAUCUAAUAAUAAGUUGGAUUUAAUAGAAAUAAAUCAGGAUUGCAAUCUCUAAUCUCCCCCCAAACUUGGAGCCUCUCAGUCAGCCAGUCAAGCUGCUCUCGUCAGGAGGAUUUUGGUCCCUGGCUUCUCUCUAAAACAUGAACAGUUUGCUUGCUUUGCACUUCGACGGUAAUUAAUUCUUCUAAACCAGUUCCAGCUCAGCCAUACUGCUCUGAAACCUCGUCAUGCUCCCCUCACACCGGCCUCAGCGCCAAACUCUCUCUAUAUGCACAAACACACACAGCGACACUCAAUAAGUGACAUAAAAACGCAGCGAUUCACACAUGCACACAUGGUCAUUACAAUGAUCUGUUACUGCCUUGUGUUUGGCAUACAUGGGUCACACAUGGAGAUGAAAUGAGGAGAGGGAGAAUGUUUUCUCUCUGUCUCUACAUGUCUGGGAAGGCGAAAUGCGAUUAUUGUAAUCCAGAUUGACAGAGAUGAGAGGAAAUCCAAAUGCUGUUUACUUCAUCCUGUUAGUUUGGUUCCCUCACUUUCUCCUUGCCUUCCUUACAUAUAGUAUUCAUUAGUUUCAUUACACGGUAUAUUCAAGAUACAUAACUUUACUGUUCUUGUAGCUUACUUCAGCGGACAGCAAUAAAACAGGUCACAGUGGAUGUAUUACCUUUUUGGGCAAAUGCACAUUUACUUAAAGUCCUUCAUUUUGCAGCUGUUAGGCUUAGAUUGUUUAUAUAAGUUGCUAAAAUCAUCACAGAGAUUAAUCUUAAAAAGUAAAAUGCUCUUUUAUGAAAUAGGAAUAGCUGUCACAUCAUUCUCUUUAAUGCCACCAAACCCCAUUUAAAAAAGCGGUGUUUUUACCUUGUGAGAAAAAGGGCGCUGCAGACUUACUUCUUCUGCUCGAUAGAUUAUUAUUUUGGGAUGUUGCAAAAGUUUUGCAGCCUCACAAGAUUGUUUUGGGUCUGUAAAUUACUUAUAAAUAAAAAUAAUUCUCUGUUUAGGAAGGAAAAAGCGGAGACUGCCAUGAUUUGCAGGGUAAAAAAAUGCUGUUUUGCUCAAUAAUAAUAAUGCAUCAGAUUUCAUAUAGCGCUUUAUCAGAGACCCUCAAAGCGCUUUACAUUGGAUACAUCAUUCAUUCGCUCACACAGUCACACUUUGGUGGUGGUGGAAACGUGGCUGCCAUUCUGCACCUAUGGCCUCUCCGACCACCACCACACAACACUCACAAUCAUACACCAGUGGAGGACACACACUGGGAGCAAGGUGGGUUAAGUGUCUUGCCCAAGGACACAACGGACAGACUUGGAUUAGGGGGGAAUCGAACCGCCAACCUUACGGUUAUUGGACGACCGCUCUACCUCCUGAGCUACUGCCGCAUUGCAUUGCUGCCUGCAAUGAAGUUAAGAAAACAAAAAAAUCUGUUUCCAAAAUGACAUGUCUGCAAUAUUUUUAUUAACUGUUAAAAAAUUAAUCUUCAGCAUGUUGGUGGCAUAAACAAGACCUUUGCAGAUGUUUUGAUGGGAGCAUUUGCCCUUGAAUAAUAACAUUGCAGCUGUUAUGGCCUGUCCUGCUCCUCUGACUGAAGUCAUCCUAAAACUUAUCAUUUUGACCCCAAAAAUACGAAUAUAAGCCGUUUAUACUCCGACUUGAUCAAAUUUAUGUGAUAUGACCCUGGUAGGAUUACAUGUAUUUGUAAUAAAAAGGUCAGCUGUUGCUUGUAAAAACCAAAAAUGGGUCACACUUGAUUCUUGGCUCUGAGUCAGCCUCAACGCCCCUCACAGCCUGGUUCUUCUGCUUCAUCUUUGUCUUGUCUCUCUGGUAGUCUGAUCCCGUCUGAGCUCUGUGACGGUUACCCGACCGCUCUGAAAGCUAAAUAAACAACAAAUUAACAUUUUUAUUUAGUUCAGUGUAGACCGUUUGGCUUUGAGAGUUUAUCACAGUCACCAGCUUUGCAGGGUGAUAAUAAGGAGUAAUGAUGUGAUUUCUGUGUAUGGAGGCAUGAAAAUCUGAUAAUUCUGAUUGUUUUGUUUCCUCAGAUGACAUCGUGCACAGGGAGGACACUCCUCUGUUUGCUGCAGAGAUUGGCUCAGAGCUCCAGAAACAGUUUGCAAUCCUGCCAGGUGGGUCUGAUUUCUCUCCCCUGAUGUACACUCACACUGGGCAUGUGGGUCGAUCCAUAAACAAGUAGUUGGCAGGUCCAAAUAUAGCUCAAUGUUUCCUCGAGUUGUAUAAAGAAAGAGUGACAGAGCCUUCAAAAGAAGUCACAAAAUCUGUCAAAUGUGGCUAAAGCUAGUAGAGCUAGCACCACCAUCUUUAGGCCCUAUUUGCAGGUUUAUAUCUUCAUGCCCGUGCCAGUUACUUGGCUAGUAAUGGCUGCAGCUGAAACACAGCAUAUGACCUUUAUUUUAGGCCUACAGAGAUAAAAAAUAUUUGUUUAACUGACUGGUAAUUCUGGUCCCAACUAAUGAGGGUGAUUGUUUAGUCAGACAAACACACAUCCUAAUGGCAUGACUCUAUUUAACACUUAAAUUUAACAACCUUCUCUUAUUGACUUUUUUUAAACCGUAAAUGUUUUCACUAUAAUCCCAACCACAAAGAAGUUUGUUUAUCUGCUGCUUUUUAUACCACAUAGUCCUCCAAAACACAAACUCACAAGAACUCUAAGAUAUUUCAGUCUGGAGUCUUGAUCAUUAUUAUGUAAACCCAGGUGAAAAGAUGAGGCCACACAGGCUGCGCUGUGCUACAACACACUCCUGGAGCCUUGUGUUAGGUUGCAACGAUGAUAGCGCCUGCUGAGUGUGUAAAUAAUUCACCACUGUGACGAUUCGCUCCGCAAUUUGACCCACCGAAGAAAGACAAGGCCACAUUUGUGUGUGUGUGUGAGGCCCUUUUGAUCCUUUUUCAUGGCUGAAGGCAUACUGAGGGAUGGAUCUCAUCAAAUAUAUUUGAGUGUAUCAUAUUAACACCGUCACAGCAAUUUUCUUAUAAUGUGUUGCGCUUAAAAUUAAAGGCUCCUAUGAAAAUUUUUAAGUCUGUGUUGAUUUUGGCGCCCCCUAUGGACAUAUCACUUUGCUGAUCUUGUUUAAAACAUGCUUGAGCACAAAAAAAAAUCUCUCCCUUUGUCAUUUAUUGUGAAUAUUUUGUGUGAAAAUUGCAAAAAUAGGGCUGUUUCUUCAAUCUUUGGUUGACACCUUUACCUUCUCACACCAGUUUUAGGCAUUAAAAAUAAAAUGUACAAAUAGUCAACCUUGUCGUUGAUGGUCUUGUUUGAUUUUGUAUGCCCUGAAAAGACAACAUUAUGAAUUUCAGUCUAAAUAUAAAUUAUUGAUUAUAUUUUGUGUAUUAAUUGGAAAAAAGAGACAAAUUUGAUUAAGUUUAUAUUACACAAAUCUUCCUUUUGAGUUACAUAUGUUUUAAAUUAAGACAUUUUAAAAGUUUAAAAGGAAAGAAGGAUGAUAUCUGCUGUAUGUAAAUCCUUUUGUGACAAUAUUUAAUAAUCUUUUUAGCCUUUAGUUCUAAGAAUCUAAGAAAUUUAUGUAAAGGAUUUUAUGUGUAUUGUCUGCUUUCAUAUAAAAAUAUAGAAAUGUAAGAUAAAAACCACCAACCAACAAUUUUACCUUAACUUUUUUGUCCCUUUAAUCUCUUUGUGUCUCCAGGUGGCCGCGGGAUAAACGGCAGCCCCGUCAUGGUCUUCCCAGAAUUCCCAGCUUUCAGCGAGCUGGAGGAGGAAGAGGUCCAGAGCGUCCUCGGCUACCUCACUAGUGUCCCCAGGUUGGCAUCACAAACGCACACACUCUAACCAACACACAAAAACGUCCCUCCUUUUCUGUUCUCAAACAAAAACAGUGUGAAAGUAAUGUGUGCAGUACUGCAUACAGUCACCAGAUGGAAGCAUAACACCAAAACCCAGCAAAAUGCCACAUAAAAAAUAUAUUGAAGAAGGAAUAAAAUAUGCUAAAUGAUGUAUAAAUGAUUAAAAUUGUAAGGACAAACAGGAGUAUGAUGUUUUAUGGAAGUGCAGUAUUGCAUGGAGCCAGCAGAUGCCAGCAAAACUCUGAAGCUCUGCAAAAAGAGGCUUACAAAAACAGAAUUUGAGAAGAAUAAAGGGUUAGAGAUUGACAUAAAUGGUCAAAAUGAAAUAAAAAUUAAAAUAUAAUACCUAAAGGCUCUCCUUUUUAAAUAUUACCAUCUUGAUCUAAAUGUACACAUCUUUUGGACCAGACUGCAAGCAUUUUCAAAAUAAACUACCUCAACAACCGUUACCUUGAAGGAGUGGCUUUGGCUAUAGCUCUGGAUUAAAAUAACACAGUUUGUUUUGUUAUUUAAAUUCAGAUUAUCUCUCUCUCUCUACACAUCUUUUUUGUUCUCUCCCCUCCUCCUCUUGAUUUCUCCUCCCUCUCACCUCCCCUUCCUGCACACACAGAUAAUUAAGGGGAGGAGAGAGGAUGAAGAUGCGUCUGUAUUUCUUAAUAUGUUCUUGUAUGUGUGUGUCAUGGCUGCCUUUUUCCUUUUUUUUUUUUUCCUUUGGCUCAUCACCUUUCAUACUCCCCCCUCUUCUGUAUAGAGUCCCCUCCCUUUCCCCCCCUACCACCGGCUACAUGCACCCAGCUGCCUAUCCGCUACUCUCUGAGCUCUGACUGGCUGCCUGGGAACAGCAAGAUGCAGGGCUUGCCCCUGAUUGGCUGAGGGCGGAGAAGCAGGUGGUGCAGCAGGAGAGGAGGGAGGAAAGGAGGAGAGGAGGAGGAGGGAGAUGCUCUUUAAGGAUGAGAUCGGUCACCUCUCUUGUCUGCAAGCCGCAAACAGAUGAUUAUGAUGCAGGAAAUGGACACUGACAACAGCAGAAUAAGGAAUAUUUAAGGUGGAAUUGAUCUUUUCUGGAAGAUAGCAGCAGGAUUUUAAGGAUUUUUGUUGUUUUUUUGUCCUGGACUUGCUCAAAAUCAACCGGCUCCAUUUGUGUGGUUGAAUAUUUUGUCCGGUAAAGGAUGGAUUGAGGAUUUGCAGUCGCAGCGUUCACUGGGUAGUGUGACUUAUCUUAAAUAUUUAUGUGUUUUGAUGGAAAUUCCCUGCAUUUUGCUCCAUUUGCAUGCCGGCUCGGGUUGUUUCAGUGUGUGUUUUUGUCUUUUUUGCCUGCGUCUUUGGGUGUCAGUUUGUUCUGCAGGACACUUGCUGCAAUUACUGCAUUCACACACACACACACACACAUACUGCUGACACACAAACAUUAGCUUAAUGAGGCUGCUACAUAUGGUCCUGCCUGUGGAAUGGAUGGCAAAAUAUUCACACACCACACACAUUAAUGCAGAGCCAAGGUUGCCAUGGUAAUCACAAGGGUCUCUCUAAUCAUCACUGAUGACAAAUGAUGACAUAAACACAAAAUCUUUACCAAUGUGAAAGUCUUUUUUUUUCUUAUUUUAAUCACUUUUACCUACAAAGGGAAUUUGACCCACUAAACUGAAAUUAUGACAUUUCCAUUGAUUUGUGCUAAUCUAAGUGACCGGUAAGGGUCUUCUAUUGGUCUGAAAAUGAUUGUUUUUAAUGCAUUUCUUACACACUGAACCACAUCUAACACUGCACAGGUAGUCCUGGGCAGAUGAUACCAAACAUAAGGGGUCUACAUGCAUCUUAUUUAAGGGUUAUAUGUGCUUCAUUUGAUAGUUUAAUAACAAAAAUCUAAGCGGGUGUAAUGGUUAUCUAUGCAGGAGGGAAGACAUUGGGGCAAGUUUUGUUUAUUACCGCCGCCAAGGAGGUUAUGUUUUCGGUAGCGUUGGUUUGUUUGUUUGUUUGUUUGUUUGUAACUUUACGGAGAAAGUAACAGACAGAUUGACCUGAAAUUUUCACCAGAGGUGCGUCUCAGCCCCAGGAGGAUCCCAUUACAUUUUGGUGGUGAUCCGGAUCGCCAUCUGGAUCCAGGAAUUUUUUGAAGGAUUCUUUAUCAUUGUGAGAUAGGGCAAAUUUUGGAAUUUUUGCAUUUUACUCUAUAAAAAUGUCCAGAGUCUUUAGUAAAAAAUUACACAAAAGGAUCUCAAUGAGUUUUAUGAGGUGUCAAAGGUUGAUCCUGAUCCAGACAAAAUUCUGGAUACUGUGAUCAAGAACACACAAAAAUAAGGGUGUCGUUGGAAUUUUCAAUGCUGAAAGAUAACCAAUGGGCGGCACAGUGGUGUAGAUGGGCGGUACAGUGGUGUAGUGGUUAGCACUGUUGCCUCACAGCAGGAAGGUCCUGGGUUUGAAUCCGGGUCAGGGCGUUUCUUGUUUUAGGAACAUUAUGAACAGUGAACAUACCAGUUAAAACACGAAUAAAAGUUAAUAAAAGACACGUAACAGUGAAAGUUUUGGUGUGAAUCACAAUAUAAGGGGGGACAUGAGCUGCUUGGUGAAAAGAGGUGAAGAACAUGGCUGAAAAGUAUUAAGUGAAGUAUCUUGUGUCAUCCUACCAAGACACAGCUAACUACAGUUGAAUUUCGCAAGAGUAAGCUAUAUGGAACUAGUUUAUUUUUACAGUAGUUGAUAUUAAAGCACCUUAAAAAAUGUGAUAGAGACUUUAUAAAGAUAGAAGAGUAGGGGGAGGUAUAGCUUACAGAUCUGGUGGGGACCAGUCUGAACAAGCAGGCUUUCCACCCUGGCUAUUUUUUUUUCCAUCAUCCGUCUAACAUUUUGUGUCUGUAUUAUUUUUCUUUUCUCCUUUUCUGUAACACAAAAUGGAAAAGUAGGGGGAGGUAGAGCGUACAGUCUAACCUAAUGGGAGUGAGCCUUGACUCAACCAGUUAUCUCGCCCUGGUUCUGUCUGCUCAGUCCUCUUUCUAGCAUUUUUUUUUACAUACAUACUGUUCCUAUUUUCUUUCCUCACUUUCCAUUAAAGCUGUGACAUAAGGGAAGGUAGAGCGUACACCUUAAUCUUUGCUUUUUCUUUAUGACCCCGCUUGAUGCCAACUUGAUAUCCUUGGUGAUUUCUUGAUUUCCAUCUAUAUCCAUCUUUCCUCAUAUUUUGGGGACAUCAGGGGCCAUAUGAUAUGUUUGCAAAUGAAUUGGCAUGAUGGGUUUCCAUAACUCAUGUUAAUUUGAAAUAUAAGUAAAUGUUGCUCACAUCCUUGCAGUCCUGAAGUUAUCUUUGUAGCUGUGUCAGAUGUUUUUUAAGUGCCAUCGAACAGCUUAUAAGAAAAAACAGGACCCUCCAACACUGUAUCUACUUAUCCUUUUAGAUCCUCAGACACCCUGGAGUUCAUUCAGGGGCCCUCGGGUGAUGCUGGAGCAAAGCAUACUUAUGAAAAUACUCCAUGAAGUUCACUUUACUUCACAGAAAAUCAGUUACCCCCAUGAUAACACUGUGUUUCUCUUCUGCAGCGUUGCAGCCUCAGGAGAGGGUUUCAUCCUGGUCAUCGACAGACGACUGGACCGAUGGGCUGCCGUCAGGGCUACCCUGCUCCGAAUCGCUGUAAGACCUGAUGUAAUUAUAUACAUAUGCGUGUGUGGGUAACCAUACAGGAAGAGUCCCUACAGAAAUAGAUGUUUUCAUCAGCGAUUGUGAGGCUCAUUUUAAAGCGACUAAACACCAUUGACAAAAACAGCCAUUUUACUCUACUCAAACUCUGUGCUUAAAAGUUCACUGUCGCCUUAAUCAGUCAGUUUGUUUGUGUUUUCUUGCAACUUUGGCAUUUCAAAUGGUCAGUUCAGCUCAAGCACAAUAUGUACAUAUCAAAUAACAACUCAAAAAUACCCAACAGCUGGUACCAGAUGUUUUUUCCUCUGGAAGGUUAAAUUUACUUUUAUCCUGUGAAGUCUGGUGGGUUUUAAAAGAGGGAUACAAUGGCUGUUGCUGUUUCAAAAUAAGCAUCUUUUUCUGCAGGGAUCCUUUUUGACAGACACUUGAGAUGAAAAUCUGAGCUUGUCACGGACAAAAACAAGAACAUUUAGUGGCUAAACUUUGCAAGGGUGUAAUUGCAGGGAAGGAUUAUGCUGCAGGAAUACAGUCGAACAAAAGAUGCAAACAACAGGAGCAUUUGCAGAACGUUUCUUACCUCAUUUUGAUCUCAGAGCGUGUUGAAGGUUUACAAACAUCAGAAUUUGCUUUUUAAUUUUUAUGAAUUAUUGCAAUAUAAGUAGAAAUGUGAUGGUAAAAAAAUUGUAUAAAUUUCUAUAUGAUUCUAGUCUAAGUCCUGCAGAGAAAAAGUAGCACACAACCACAUAAAAAAAUCUGAAAGUGCAAAAAAAAAGGGCGAUUAAGCUACCAAGAUGCUUUUUUUUUUGUCCUGUUUUUGUAUUUCUCUUUCUCCAACAACCACACAAUACCUGUUUUGGUGUGUGAGGAUUACUCUACAUGUGUUAAACACAGUUCUGUGGGUGUAGCUGCUGCUGUCAGCUGUGUGUGAAUAUAUAAUUUGGAUUGUCACCACUUGGAGUAAUGACUGUUUUUGCGUUUGGCGUUUUCUAACUCGUUGAACCUGUAUAUUAUGCUCAUGUGCUCUGGUUUUGUCAGGGUUUAUAGUCGUCAGCUGAGUGUGGGACCAAGAAUUAGGUGACUGUGUCUUGAAGCAAGGCGAGAGGGGAGUUAUAAAUACCGUCUCAUGCAGGAGUGGGUGGCAGAGUCUCACAGCCCGUGUGCGCCGAGAUGCCGUCAUGUUGGGGAGAGGAAAUCCAAACGAGAGCGAGUCUAAUUCUGUAAUUGUGUUUUGUAUCUGUGUGCCAUUACCCUACUAGCCUACUUCUUCAAUAGUGUUCGAUUUUUACUCCACACUUAGAUGUUCAACUGAAGAAGAAGAAGAAGCACAAAGUGAAGGUGGAGAGAGAGGGGGAAUUAAAAAGGCAAUGGAAGGAAAUAUAAAAUAGAAGAGAGGCAGAGCAGAGUGGGAGUUUACAUCAGACAGAAUCUCAAAGUGUGUGAUCACUGCUCUCUGAGGCCUAAAUAUGACAGAAAUAGGAAAAAUGGAAAAAGAGUAGGUUUGGUUUCUUGUCUGCUGCCUUUGAUAUACAUUUCAGUUUCGAGAGAGAUGCUUUUUCCAUCCAAUAUUCCAAAAGUGAAAGAGAAACUCAGUCAGCUGAAGGUAGAUAGUAUUAUGUAGGGGGUCUGAUCGGCUUCAAGGUGUCGAUUAAUGUCUCAUACCAGCAUCUUUUGUGUAUUUUCAUCCAAAUCACUCCUUUUCAAAGUUAUUCUGACAUAUUUAGUCUAUUAAUUUUGAUUGUUUUUAACUUUCCUGUAGCUGAAAAAUGGACUAUUGUGGUCAUUUCUAACAUAAGUCAGUAACUUUUUUUAAUUGUAAAAUUCAUGGACAAUAUUAUAAUAUCUUAUAUUAUGGACAAUAUAAGACUGCCCCUAGUGACUGGCUACAGUACAGGUCUUCCACAUAACGGUAUCUUACCUCAGCAUAUCCUAGUUGACAAGGUUUUUGCAUUAAUUUGCAAAAAUCAUCAAAAACACAGCGUCUUUGGAGGAUCUGCAGCCUCUCAGUUGCUAAUUUUGUGAUCCAUGCAGUGAUCUGAUUGGACAGGGCCAUGAUGCUAUGAUAAUGAGAAGCUGCCUGAUUGGCUGCCUGAAUGUUGAUGCAGCCUGAUGCACAUGAAGUAGAGGUAGAAAAACACCAAAACAAAAAUGGUGAGUGCUCCAGGAGAACAUACAGUAUGCUAGUUUCCACUACACAUAUUACCCAAAAUCUAUCCAUAAACAGGAAGUGGCAACUGUUGAAGCUUUGUAGCCAAGGUUACGACAGCAUGGUCUCUGAGUGGUUUGUUUGAAUUUGACAAUUUGACAGGUAUAAAUAUGUUAAAAUAAAUGUGAGGCCUUUUAAGACCAUUGCCUAUAUUUUAACCCAUCAAGCAUGGGUCAAACUUUCAAAAAAGUUUUGCACUUCUUGGAUUGUCAAACUCUGUGUAUGAGCCAUUUUAUCUCUAUUAUUUUUGGGGUUUUGUUUUGUUACUCCCACAAUCACCACAAGGGGCGUUUCAGGUGAACUGGCAGGUAAAUGCUACAAAGGGACACAGGUGAAGUAGUGAUCUGGGGAACGGGAAGAGCACAUGGUUUUUACCGCUAAUCUCUGACACCACUCUCACCCUCAUCACGCACAUCACCAUCACAGUAAAUUGGACGUAUCUGUCUUUUUUUGUUUGUUUUCCAAUUAAUCAAUAAAUGGCAAAAAGAUAACUCAACAACAUCCUUGGAUUGGACGUUGGAUUGUACUAGAAGCAUGUCAAAAACGCCUCACUCCCGCACUCAGAUGGUGACUAAAAAUCAGGUCAGCGUAGUUGCUACACUUUGAAUUACAGAUUUACAGACGUUUAAAAAUAAAUUUUCGUUUCUCUCACAUACGUUGUUUGUUAUCAAUGUUAAUUUUUCUAAAAAGUUUAUUUUCAAUUAGUAAUUUAAUGCUUAGGGGUCCCCUGCAGAGCUCGUUCCAUAAUUUUAUAGAGGAGAGGAGGAGGAAUUGAGAAAAAUGUAACAAGCAUGAUAUUUGACCUGUUUGCUAAUUAAUAUUAAUAUAUUGCUAUUAAUAGAAAAUGAAAGUACUGAAAACAUCUCUGACUCUGUGAUAUAGUUUUUAAACAGUAUGAAUGGAGUAAAACAAUUGGAAAAGGGAGACAGACAUUUUAACAAAGAAGGAAAGCUGAAAAUGAACGACUAUUGUUUUUACUCUGACCUUUCAAAGUGCGGUAGAAGAAUAAAAAACAGAGACUGAUUCCAGGGAACAAAGAAAUACAAAAGCCGAGCAGAAAAAGAGGUAAAGGAUAAAAAAAGGGUGAAAGGGGGGAUGGCAUGUCCUGCUGAGAAGCUCCUGCUACCAUGCUGUGACACUCCCACCUUCCUCUCCACUCGAUGGGGUUUCCACUGAGUAUGAAAAGGUAUCAGACUCAUUAUGCCCGACUGUAGCUGUAUCAUAAUUAUUUUUUACCCUUUCUGAGUUUUAUUUUUGGCAUGGUAAGCAAGGCGAAAGAGCAAGCUGCAAGAAACUGUCCACCUGAGACUAAAAACAGAUGUUUCAGGAAAGUCUGAGGCUUAUUUUUUAUCAUAUCAAAACUUCAACAUAAACUAGAGCAUGAAUGAUUCACUGGUUUCAUGUCUGAGGAGCAGAGAGCAUGAAUUCAGAGUCCGCGUUGAAAGCAUUAAAACUUCACCUGAAGGCGUGAGGAGCAAAUGUUGGGAGCAGCGUCUCUCCUUCACUCCCUCCAGGUUUAUGUUUUAUGGUUCAUGUCCUUUUUUUGUACACUGGCCAAUCGUACGCAGGUUUACUGGAGACUGAAGGUCGUUCGUCUCCCCCUGAGAUGCUCGCCACAUCAAGGCCGUUCAAGGUCGCCUUCUGCCAUUAGCUGAUUCCACGGGAAAAAAAAGGGGAGUGGGCAGUAUUGUCAUGUAAAGAAGAGAUUAGAGUGCAGCACGUGUACCGAAGCUCUCACACUCUCUAUACACAGAUGGUGCUGACCGGCACAUUCAGUCACAUGUACUGUAAUGAAAUAUAAACAGGCAUAAAAAUGAGAGGAGACUUGACCUCUUGUUGACUGUCCUUACAAAAACGUGCUGCAUGAAAAUAAUAACAGGCUUUUUAAGCAGCUCAAUGUUAAAUACCACAAAAUGAGUCGAAGUUAAGCUCAUUUUGAAUUUGAUACCAGCAACGUGUUUCACAAAACUGGGAAAGGGGCAUGUUUGCCAUUGUGUUGCAUCACUCUGUAAAUGACCAGUUUCAGGAGAUUUGAAAGUGAUUCCUGCCUGACAGUUUCAAUAAGUGUCAAGUUGGGACUUAAGACAGGCCAGUUUAUCAGCAGGACUCUUUUACUACAGAGCCAUGCUGUUGUAAUCCCUGCAGAAUGUCGUUUGUCGUUGCUGAAAUAUGAAAAAGUCUUUGUCUGGAUGGCAGCAGAUGUUGCUCCUAAACCUGUAGAUAUUGUUCAGCAUUAAUGGAGCCUUCACAGAUGUGGAAGACACCCAUGACAUGGACUCUGAUGAUCCCCAGACCAUCAGGGAUGCUGGAUUUGAGCUGUGUUUAUAACAAACCAGAUGGUCACUCUUUUCUUUAGCAUAAACAUGGCAUAGCAUGAUGAAUUCCAAAAAGUUCUAAUCUGGAUUCACCAGACAGUUUCCCAUCAUGAUCCUAGAUCAUGUUUUCCUUCCUAGGUGCUUCAGUUUUAACCUCCAUUUUUGGUGUUUAGCUGUUGUCACAGACGGUGGUUUCUGGAAGAAAUUUGGAGCCCAUGCAGAGAUUCCCAUCACAGAGUCAUGUAUGUUUUUAAGGCAGUGCUACCUGAGAGCCUGAAUAUCACAGCCAUUUAUCUAUUUUCAGUCUGGUUCCUUUUGUCCUGAGAUUUUUUCCUCUCUUUUAGGGCUGCACCUAACGAUUAUUUUCCUAUUGAUUAAUCUAUCGACUAAUUUAUUGAUUAUUCUAACGAUUAUUUAUUAACCAAUUAAUAUAACAAUGAAUUUAACCAAAAUAGCAAGUAAAAACUUGUUCUAUUCCUAUCAAUAUUUAAUUCAAUGAUUUAGUCAAGAAUCUCUUGAAAUCAAACAAAACAAAACAUUUAAAGGUUAUGAAAUCUGGGAGAUUUGUGCAGCGCGCGUCGGGCAGUUUUGGGGUUCCCUUGUAUGGUGGAUAUAAGCUAAAUAUGAGAGUAAUUGUAAUUGCUCAUCCAUUAUGUUUAAUAGGUCGUAACUGAAAAUUUCCAGACCUAUUAAACAUAAUUCCCGAAAAGUAAAGUACAAAAUCUGGACAGUAUUAUGAAGAACAGGAGUUAGUAAAACAGCACAAAGCACAAAAUUUUACAUUACCUUUAACCAAUUUCAGUAACCAAUUUCAUGAAAAAUGAAUGGCCGUCUAUGGGCGAUGCUAAGUGGCUCAACCACACGCUAACACCGGAAGUGAGCAGAAUGCUAACUUCCGGGUACUGUGAAAAAGGUCUAUUAUUUCUCUUCCACUUAAUCUCCAAUAUGUAGUCUAAAAUCUUUGUCAAGUUUCACUGUAUUGAACAGACAAUUUUAGUGAAGGCAGGGUGAAACCACUUGCUGUAACGCUGAGACUCCUCCACCUCUGUUGCCGCCUGUUUUUAUGAUUGAAGGUGAUAAAUAUGCAGCCGUUCAUGCAUACAGCGACAUCGCUGCAGGGUAAACACACAGGCAGCUUUGCAAAAUAACUGCUAAACAGCACAAACACUUCACUUGUGAGUAUCUUUGUCAUAAAUGGGACACCUUUUAUUUCCAAAAGCAGAAGCAGAUCUAUAUUCAGAGGCGUUUUUGAAGGUGGUGUUUUAAUAUCAAACUCCCAGGGGACCCACGUGGACGACAUUAAAGGACACGAUGGAGCGGUUUCUCCUCCCUGUAAGAAUAUAAAUCACUCUGGUCAACAGAAAACCACAUUAUAAUCCUUAUCAUUUAUUUAUGUGGGUCUUUUUAUCUCUCCGAAGUGUGUGUGUGUGCACGUGUAAGUGUGUGUCCAGGGGUGUGUAUGCGCAUUAGCAUGUCAUCUGUCAGGGGGAUGCACUGAGCAGAUUGUGUAUUGUCAUGUUAAUGUGGAGGUACAAAUUAAACCAGGACCUCUCAGGGUUUAUUGAAUUUAAUGGGCUCUAAUCACGGAUACAUUGCUCAGCCUGAUGUAUUUUUAAUUAUUCUACGGUUUAAAUGCAGCUUUUGUUUGAUUUUAUACAUACCAAGAGUUUUAUUUCAGGUUUUUCUGUCAGGAAAAAAUGCCGGAAAAGCUACAUUUUUGGCUCUUUUCCAUCAGGAGAAUGUGCAUAAAUGUGUGUGUGUGUGUGUGUGUAUAAGCGCCACAAAUACACAACUGAAGGACAUGAGUAGACCUGCAAAGUGACCUGACAACACCUUAAGAAAAUACCUGUUUCCGUUUGCCAUCUUUAAUUCCUCUCUCUCUCUCUCUCUCUCUGUGUAUCAUUCCUCUCACCAGCAUGACGUUAUGCUCUCUCUCUCCAUGCAUUUUUUUCCGAGGAGACUGGUUUCCAUGGCGACGCAGUGCAGGCAUUUCAUGACCAUGAUGUAUGUGUGUGUGUGUGUGUGCAGGUCUCCUUGUAGAUUGAAUUAAAGCCAUGUACUGAGUUUGGACUGAUUCAAUCAUUCUCUGCUGUAUCCUGGUUUUUUUUUUUAAAGGGGUGUUGUGAUAUUUUUUUAUUUUUGGCCCUGUGAUGAAAAUAAUGAUACAGAUGUUUUCUCUCAUUUUAAAUGAAAUAAACAUUUUACAUAUUUAAACAGCCAACAGACGUUAUCUAAGGUAAAUGUCAGAGGGGAGACAGGGAGCUGCUGUUACACCUUUUAAUGCUGUUUAAAAAUCUCUUAAAUUUGGUUGUAAGUCAGUGUUGGUGCAAGAUUUGGUAGUGAUGGUGUUGGAUUGGCAUUUUGAGAUAUGUAUAAGAGAUGAUGUCUGCACUGGGGGUUGGGGUUUGGCAUUGAAGCUGGCUUUGGGGUUGGCGUUGUUGCCAGGAUUGGUGUUGCAGUUAAGAUCGGUAUGAGUGGGGGGUGUUAAGGUUGAGGGUUGAGGUUGAUGUUGGUGAAGGGUUUUGAUUGGAUUGGCGUUUUUUUCAGGUUGGUGUUAUUGUGAGCCAUUUGGUUUGCAUGGUAAUAAAGUUGCUGAUUUUGUUCGUGUUUGCACUUGGUGUUUAACCGGGGUUGGUGUUGGAGUUCUCGUUGAAAUUGGUGGUGGGAUUGGCGUCAGGGCUCGCUUUGAGAAAAUUCAACCUUUUUUCUAAGCAACACCACGAUUGGACUGUAUCACAUGAGACCACUGGAAAUAUUAACCUCAAUAUCAACACAUUUUUGAUCAAUGUUGUUAAAUUUUUAAUAAAAACCUGUUUUGGGUGUUAUCUUGUGUCGGUUAAAUGCUAAACUGCUCUUGUCUAAUGGUUGCUGAUUCGCCUCAAAAAUCCACUUUGAUUUUGAAAUACAGCUCUGGACUUUCACAGAUCAUUGUCUUCCAAUUGCUGAUUAAUUUGGAGGUAGUUUUUAUUAUUAUUGGUUGUAUUACACUCUAGCUCACUAGACUUUCCCCCUUGAAAAGAUCUGGAAAAGAUGACUCCAUGCCCUAGCCAAGCACCAGGAGAGAAUGGUUUCCGUGUGGAUAUGGUGCAUUGUAAGCACAUCUCAACAGACAUAAUUGAUAUAAACAUUUUAUAAAUUGUAAAUUUAGCAGACAAAUAUUUAGUUUUUCAUUUAAUUGGUAGAUAUUCCAAAGAAAAGCUGGAUAUUUUUAACGUUUUUCAGUCUUACAGACUUUAUUUAUAGCAACACUAAAGAUUUCAUGAGCUUGUCACACAUCUCUGAGCAUGCCUCUGGUCCUUGAAUGUGUGUGCGCCCUUGUGUCUGUGUGUGUUCAUGUCAGCCUGCAUCGAUUUAUGAUGCCUAACAGGGUGGAGCAAUCCACUCUGGGUUUUAGAGGAAGCAGUAACCAAUAAAGCCUUUCAGCUGAGUGGCCUCCUGGGCUGGUGUCUGUGUAACAGGCAAUCCUACGCUUUAACCUGUCAGUGUGUGUGUGUGUGUGUGUGUAGGUAUGGAGACAAAAACUGUGUUUACUCCCAACAGUCAUGGGCUAAUUUACCUUGCAGCCACGGCUGUAAAGAGGCAGACACAACAAGGGAGCCACUGUGAAGAAAUGUGUCAAUUUAGUGGAUAUUAAAUCCGGGAAAAACUCUGGUCAUGGUCGGUUCAGGGUUGCAGCAGUGGGAUGGAUGUUGAGCAAGUCUUUAUAGCUCUGCAGAGGGAAGGACAAUAUCAAAUGGCAUUUUUUAUUUUGAUGGGUAAAACAAUGACUAACCUGUGCAGCAACAAGCCGCAGCAGAAAGAAAAACAAGUUAUAGAAAUAAACAGAGGCUAGGAACAGGGCGAUGUGGAGUGCAGCUCACGGAAACCUACACACCAAAAUGUGACUUUAAACUGGAGUGGAAAAUUGCCACUCUGAGAAAUUAGCUCAAAACAGCAGUUAAAACGAUACUACUGUGAUGGGGGGAAUCCCUAUCCCUAAUAAUUCUACGAAAAAACAGAUAUACAAUUUCAUCGCCUUACCACGUGAAUGCCAAAAUAGAUUUCCUGACAAAGCAUCCAGCAAACGCGAGUCUGUCCCCAAACUGUGCCAUCGCACAUCCCUGAUUGGUCCGGCGACGCGGCCUAUUAACCAAUCAGCAGCUGGUCCCCGUACAGUCACACAGAGAGGUUUCCUGACACAGAAACUAGCGAACGUGAGUGUCCGUCCCUGAAGCUGUGCCAUCGCGCAUCCCUGAUUGGUCCGGCGACGCGGCCCACUAACCAAUCAGCAGCUGGUCCCCGUACAGUCAACAUCCUCUAAUACGUACGCAGACACCAACUAAAUGAUGUAAACGGGUAAACACAUGUAGUAUACAGCCAAGGCGACUUAAAACUAGAGUGGAAAAAUGUCACUCUGUAAAAUUAGCUCUAAAGUUAAAACAAAAAGCAGUUAAAACAAAAUGACGGUGAUGUGGGGAAUUUCCUAUCCCUUACAAUUCCACAAAAAAAGACAUACGACUUACUCGCCUCACCGCGCGAAUGGCAUCGCAGAUUUCCUGACAAAGAAUUCAGCAAAAGCUAGUGUCUGUACCCAGAGCUGUGCCAUCGCGCAUCCCUGAUUGGUCCUGCGGACUCGGCCGAUUGACCAAUCAGCAGCUGGUCACCGUACAGUCAACAUCUUCUCACAGUCACACACAGACGCUACGAAACAAGAUUUAUGGGCGACAUUUGUUGUACACGGCCAAAGUAAGGCUUUUUUACACAGCCACAUGUAAACCGGAACAAAUAAUUUGAUUAAUCACAAUCAAGUAACAUCAAAAUCAUUCAUCUGUGGCAGUAACAGCACCAUUUAGGCACCAUCGUUGUUUUGCGCUCUCUGACUCCUUUCUUCAAUGGAAAAAAUGCCGACAGUGUCUUAUGUGGUACAGACAAAUAAAUAAGUUCUAACAUUGUUCACCCCUUUUUGUCCUUGUCUUUCUCUCAGGGUUCAUUUCCAGGGAACUUACACUUGGUUCUGGUGUUGCGUCCCAAUACUUUGUUCCAGCGGACUCUGUCAGACUUCUUGUUCAAGUUCAACAAGGAUGAGUUCAAAAUGAAGGUCUGAAUUAUUAUUAUUAUCACUAUCGCUUUAUUUAAGGUCGGUUUAUAUUUGUGAAGAUGCAAGAAAUUUUGAAAGUUCACUAAAAUGGUUUUGUAGACUUGUCAUUUCAUUGUGUUUAUCUUUUCUCCAGGUGGUGAUGCUGAGUUCGGUGACUGAGCUCCAUGCUUAUAUCGACCCUGGACAACUGACCACAGAGCUGGGAGGCACGCAGGAAUACUGCCAUGAGAGCUGGAUCUCACAUCGCACCGUACGCACACUCCUUUUUCUGCUUUUUUGUAAAUUUUGAAAUAUGAAAAACUUGACUCCAGUGCAUUGUGUGCAAGCGUUUCUGCAAGUUAACCAUCUUUGCCAUAGUUUUUUUUUAUAUGUAAAUGUACCUGAAUUGACCUCUACAGGCCAUCGAAGCCUUUGCCCUCAUGGUGAAGACCACGGCUCAGACCCUGCAGGCGUUUGGCACUGAGCUCGCAGAGACAGAAUUACCAAAUGAUGCUGAAGCCACCACCAGCCUGCUGCAAACACACUCGCUGAAAAAGGACACAAUGAAGGUCAGAUUGCUGUUAGAGCUAUUAUUGAAUGUUUUCCUUCAUAGAUAUUUGAUGAAAAGUAAGUAUGAAUUCUGUAUUGGGGUUUGUUCAAUUUCCAGGAGGACCUACAGGUGGCGUUGUCUCAAGGAGGACGCCUGUUGGAGUGCAUAAACGAACCUCUGCAGACAGACCCGGAUUACAGCAUGACCUACGAUGAACUGGAGAACUUGGCUACUGUACAGAGGUAGAGGGAGGUUCAUGUGAAUAUGUGCAUGAACUGAAUGGAUCUUAAAUUGAUUAUUGAAAAGUAAAUCAUUAUUUUUCUCCUCCCUUUUUUUUUUUUAUUCCUAUUAGACUCAUGGGUCAGCUGGACGAAACAGAAACGGCGUUUGACGACUUCUGGGAGCGUCACCGCACCAAGCUGGAGCAGUGUUUACAACUGCGCCAUUUUGAGCAGCACUUCCGUGAAGUGAGUAGAUCUGAUUUAUGAGAAGGGUGCUAGUUCAGGCAGGUUGCAGUUUGCCUUAAUGGGCAAAUGUCAACAUGAGCUUUCUAUUUAUACCGCAUUGAAACCUCACAGUUCAAAAUUUGUAUCUCCAGGUGCGCAGCCAGCUUGAUGCGACAUCAGAAAGGUUGUCCGGCUUUUCCGAGGUUAGCGUUAACCCCGCCCACGCCGAGCAUGUCCUCCGAGAGCUCAGCGGCCACGAGAGCAAAGCUUGUGUAAGUUCAACACGCUCACAUACUAAACACAGACUCAUCAGUUUCACUUGUUAUGUGUCCUUGAAUCCAUAUGGUUGAUUAUAUAAUCAAUGUCGCACCCUUUACCACCCCCCACUCUUAGAGAAAGGAUGUGACAGAGAGAAAAUAAGGUUCCUAUGAAACAGAAAGGUUUUAUUCACUAAUAAGUGUGGGAAAUAAAAGGUAAAAACAGGAAGGAGGUCAGACUCUUGCCCUCUUUUCAUGUAUUUCAUGACAUAAAGUACAAACAUCUCCUCCAUGUUGCCACAGGACAUUUUGGACCACGCUCUGUCCUUGGCCAGUGAAGGCGACCGGCUGAUAGAAAACUCCCACUACGCCGAGGACUCCAUCAGGCCAAAGUGCAGCGAGCUGAGAGUAGUGUGCGACGAGAUCAGCUCCACGCUGAGGAGCAAGAAGAACCUCCUCCUCAGAGCCAUGGAGCUCCACCACUCUCUGGAGAAGGUACAACCCCAACGAGGGAGAGAAAGAAGGAAACUUCGCCUUAUUUGACCGACAUUUAACCUCGAUUUUCUUUAAUUUUGUUCUUCUCCUAGGCUUCUCGGUGGUGUGAGGAGGGAAUCUUCCUCUUGGCGAGCCAGCCGGUGGAUCGCUGUCAGUCUCAGGAUGGAGCUGAAGCUGCUCUGCAGGAGCUGGAGAGAUAUUUGGACACAGCUUCUCUGCACACGCUCGCAGACCGCAGCGCCAUCUGCUGCCAGUUUGAGGGGGUGUUGACCAUUCAGCUCAGGGUCAGUAUCCAGAGGCUGAUUAUCUCACGAUACAAAAAAGGCUUGUUUAAAAUUUUACAAACACGAUUUCUGCUUCUUUAAAUUAAGAAUUGUAGAUCCCUGUUUUAACUUCCUUUUUGUCCAUUUUUUCUCCAUCAGGACUUUGUGGAGCGAGUUUUCCAGAAGCAAACCUCGGUCCAGGAGAUGUUCGAGAAGAGACGUGUCAGUCUGAAGAAACUCGCCGCCAAACAAACCAGACCGGUGCAGCCGGUAGCACCCAGACCUGAAGUCAAGUCUCCUCUCUCCUCUCCCAGUACGCCUGGAUUAAUGAAUGAGCAGAUUUAAUAUAACAGAGCAGUUUCAUGAAUAGUCAGGGUGCUAAUCAUCGUCUUUUCUCCAUUUAUUUCAGAUCAACAGAGGAAGGAGAGGAGGUACUCUGCAGAUAACGUCAUCUGCAAAAAGGUAGAAAUAAACUCCUCUGGUUUUUCUUCUUUUUUUGGUAUCCAGAUGCUUAAAGAUGGAUUCUGUUUGCAGGCGGAGUCUCCUGUACACAAUGGCGGCACCAGACAUGCGUCUCUCUCAGAGGAAGAGGAAAACCUGGCAGUACUCAGACGGUAAGGCGGCAAAGAUCAACCUUAUAGAUACGAACAAAAUAUAGGACUUUUCAGCGCCUACAUUUUUCUUUUCUUAUCUGGAUUUGAUGUUACAGUUACUUAAUUAACUGUAAUUAUUUAUAAAUUAUGAUUUUUUUCUUCAGCCAUGUGAUGAACGAGCUGCUGGAGACGGAGAGAGCGUACGUGGAGGAGCUGUUGUGUGUGCUGGAGGUGAGCGUUCGUCACAUCAUCUUAAGUAUAUCCCUCAAUUUCAAGUGUCUAAACUUGGUCACAUGGUCUUGAACAACAGAGAAAUUUCAAGUGUUGCACAUCUUUUUGAUCUAAUGUAUAAAAUUUUCCACUCCAGGGUUAUGCAGCAGAGAUGGAUAACCCCACCAUGGCUCACCUCAUCCCCAACACGCUGCUCAGCAAGAAGGACGUGCUGUUUGGAAACAUGUCUGAAAUCUACCAGUUUCAUAAAAGGUACUUUUCUCACACACUCGUGAUGAAGGCAGGAUUUAUUUAAUCAGAAUUCUUAUAUUUUUUCACAACUAUGGGCAGCUCUAUUUAUCUGUGGAGUCCUGGACGAUGUCUCCCGUCCUCUACAUGAAUCUGUAAGAGCUCUAGAAAGCUCCUUCAGUGACCAGCUUUGUCACCCGCGAUGCAUCACAGAGCGGCAUCGCAGGUCUUUCCUCCCCGCUGCUAUCAGACUCUAUAACCAGGCCCUCUCCUAGCAGACCGACACCCCCAACAACAAUAAAAGUGCAAAACUACAACCCUAAUUAUUUAUUAAUCAUGUGCAAUAUCAGUAUCAUCAUCACAUCCAUACCUGUUAUUUUGUUGGCACUGAUCUUUCUUUCUCUUUUAUAUUUUUCUCAUGCUUGUCUUUAAUACUGUUCUUCAACUGCACUGCUCUUUCCUUUUUUUUUACCGUAGUUCUUAUUUGUUUUUUGUACCCGUUAUUAAUGUGUAUGUUGUGUGUACCGCUGUUAAUGACUUAAUUUCCCCACUGAGGGAUGAAUAAAGGAAAUCUAAUCAUACAUAAAAACAAAGAAGAUAAGUAUAGAUAAGUAUCGAACUUUACUUUUUGCCUUUAUUAUACAGUCAAAAAAAGAGAGACAGGAAAACUUUGUUUACUUCCUUCACACCUCUCACUGAGCCCAGCUCCACCUGGUGUCCAGUAUCAAAACUACAAAAUAUACACAGAAAUAUUUGACAUUGUGUAUCUUACAAUUACAGAAUCAACCAUAAAAGCCAAAAAGUUUAAGUUUAAAAAAAAAAGAAAUGAUUGAAUAUUGUUUGUGUGUUGUUGUUGUUGUUUUCUGCAGAACCUUCCUAAAGGAACUGGAGGCGUACACUGACUGCCCCGAGCUUGUGGGUCGCUGCUUUUUAGAGAGGGUGAGUCCUGACUUCAUCUGCCCCUCUCCUCACUCCAGUCUGGACCUAAUUCUCCCAAAGAGUUGAUUAAUAUUAGUGUUGAAUUUAGCUUUUUUUUGCAACAAAACAAACCUCAACAGACUUUUCUUUGAAACCAGCUUGUAACGUGUUUUGUUGUGUCUGCAGAUGAAGGACCUGCAGAUCUACGAGGCGUACUGUCAGAACAAACCUCGCUCUGAGAGCCUGUGGAGACAAUGCUCCGACUGUGCCUUCUUCCAGGUUCUACUUUCACUUCCUAAUGUCACUUUUUUUCCCCCUUAAAUAAUCUUCAAAGAUUAUUAACCUUUAACUUCUUCCAUCUAUUUGUGUGUUUGUGACUCAGGAGUGCCAGAAGAAGCUGGAACAUAAACUUGGUUUGGACUCCUACCUCCUCAAACCCGUCCAGAGAAUCACCAAGUACCAGCUUCUGCUGAAGGUCAGACAAGCUCAUUAAAAAAUUUACUCUGCGAGUCUUUGUGUUUAUUUUACACCCACAAUCAUGCUCUGCUUGUUGUUGUGUGUUACUGCAGGAGCUGUUGAAGUACAGUAAGGGCUGUGAUGGGUGUGACGACCUGCAGGAAGCACUCACCUCCAUCCUCGGGAUCCUUAAAGCAGUCAACGACUCCAUGCACCUCAUCGCCAUCACAGGAUACGAGGUCAGCGGAGUGAAUGCGCAGAUUGGUUUCUCAGCAAAGACCACAAACACUCAUCUGUCUUUCCACUCUCGCAGGGCAACCUGUCAGAGCUGGGUCGCCUCCUGAUGCAAGGCUCGUUCAGCGUGUGGACGGAGCAUAAAAAAGGUCACGCUAAAGUCAAGGACCUGGCCCGCUUCAAGCCCAUGCAGAGGCACCUGUUCCUGCACGAGAAGGCCCUGCUCUUCUGCAAGAGGAGGGAGGAGAACGGAGAGGGCUACGAGAAAGCUCCGUCCUACAGCUUCAAACACUCGCUCAGUGUAAGCUCAUACUGAAAUUACUCCUCUUUGAUUCUUAUAUAACUCCUUUUAAAGGCAGGUACAUGAAGAUAACCGUGAAAAUAUUUAUCCUUUUCUCAGAUGAGUGCUGUGGGCAUCACGGAGAACGCCAAAGGAGACAACAAGAAAUUUGAGAUUUGGUGCAAUUCGAGGGAUGAAGUUUUUAUCGUGCAGGUAACGUCUGGCAUCCUGCAUGCUCUCUCAAACCGCAGCUGGAAGAGAUCAUACAUGACAGCUGCAUGACUUUGUUUUUGAACCAUUUCUUAGGCCCCGAAUCCAGAAAUCAAAACAUCAUGGGUGAACGAGAUCCGCAAAGUUCUGACCCAGCAGCUGCAAGCCUGCAGAGGUAAAACUGAUUCACAAACUCUGCAUCGUCUUCUCAUGGCUUACCUGUGGCUAAAUGUCUUUAUUUUUCUUGUGCAUUUUUAAGAGGCAAGCCAGCAGAAGAGCUCAGACCCUGUUUCCCCGAGUCAAACCAGCAACAACACCACCAUCUCCCUCAGGUUGGUAAUCGGGGUUGUGAGUAUUUUGCACCAAGAUGUGAGAAAUCUUUAUUUAUUGAAAUGUUUUCUUCUUCUUCUCUGUUUUAGUCCAUUUCGUAGCAACGGUCAGAAAAACCAGAAGAAGCAGGAGGAGAAGAAGGUGGAGCCGAGCACAAUAUCUGAGGUCAACUCUUCACCCAAAUACAAAGGUGGGUGUUUGAAUCAGGACGUGCAGAAAAUCGAUCGGGAAACUCUGGCUGAAAAUGCUCAAAAAUGUCCUCUUUUCUUCAUCACCUUCAUCUCCACCGCUCCUCUGUCUCUCCUUGUUAUCGCGCUCUCUCUGUACGCAUUUCAAACCAUCGUUUCCAGAUGAACCAGUGACCAGUCCGACCACUGACAGGUCCUCAGUGGCUAAAAAGCGUUUUACUUUGCAGGGCUUCAGCAAUCUCAAGAGUCCUAAAGGUAACACGAAGGAGGUCCAACAAAGUUUGAGUCAAUUCUCAGGACACUUUCUUUUUGAAGAAUUGGAGAGUCUGUUUUAGAACCUAACCCAGUGGAUAAUUGUCUGCUUCAGACAGUCUGCCCUUUAGUGGUGGAAGUCUGGCAUUGCACUUAUAUUUAGCAGAUAAACCUCAAAUAUUUACUGACCACUUUUCCAUUGAAGUAAUAAUUCUAAAUAGAGUUAGAUCAGGUCAAUUUUUUGAGUUAUUUAGAAAUAUCUACAAAAACCCAAUUCCAUUGAAGUUGGGAAAUUGUGAUAAAUGUAAAUAAAAACAGAAUGCAAUGAUUUGAAAGUCCUUUUCAACCUAUAUUCAAUUGAAUGCACUACUAAGACAAGAUAUUUAACGUUCAAACUCAUAAACUUUAUUUUUAACAACACUCAAUAAACGUUUGUGAACUGAGGAGACUAAUUGUUGAAGCUUUGAAGGUGGAAUUCUUUCCCAUUCUUGCUGGAUGUACAGCUUCAGUUGUUCAACAGUCCGGGGUCUCCGUUGUCGUAUUUUAUACUUCACACAUUUUCAAUGGGAGACAGGUCUGGACUGCAGACAGGCCAGUCGAGUACCCGCACUCUUUUACUACGAAGCCACGCUGUUGUAACACGUGCAGAAUGUGGCUCGGCAUUGUCUUGCUAAAAUAAACAGGGGCGUCCAUGAAAAAGACGUUGCUUGGAUGGCAGCAUAUGUUGCUCCAAAACCUGUAUGUACCUUUCAGCAUUAAUGUUGCCUUCACAGAUGUGUUAGUUACCCAUGCCUUGGGUACUAAUGCACCCCCAUAUCAUCACAGAUGCUGGCUUUUGAAAUUUGCGUCAAUAACAGUCCGGUUGGUUCUUUUCCUCUUUGGCCCGGAGGACACAACGUCCACUAUUUCCAAAAACAAUUUGAAAUGUGGACUCGUCAGACCACGGAACAGAACAGAACCACAAAAAUUCAAGAGUUUGAACAUUAAAUAUCUUGUCUUUGUAGUGUAUUCAAUUGAAUAUAGGUUGAGAAGGAUUUGCAAAUCAUUGUAUUCUGUUUUUAUUUACGUUUAUCACAAUUUCCCAACUUUAAUGGAGUUGGGUUUUGUAUCUUCUCUGACUGAUUCCAACACUUUAAAGUUCUGCUUUUCUUGCCCUUUCUUCCUCACUUCUCUUCUUUCUUUCUCUUUACUACUUUCUCUCCCCGUGGUCGACCAGGCUCCGCCCUGAGCCCCGAGCACGGCUCCAAACGCCACUUGGUAAAGAGUGACCCCACCCCGUUUGGGUUCAAAGGUACACUGUCACCUUGUUAUAUGGGCCGUCUUAUCAUGGAGGCUGUCCAUCAUGUUUUCCAUGCAUCACCACCCAAGUGAACCUCAGUCCCGUGUCAUUUCAUGUCUGUCUGACAUAAAGGGAGAAAAGUGGAUAUGCCAUCACUUCACAUUCACCAUGACAGUUGGCUUUCACAGACUAUCUUAACAGAAAACAUCUUUAAUCUAGCUUUAUUUUCUUGGUGUUGAAUUUGUAGAGUCUAGAGCAGAUCCAGGAGAAUCUGCAUCAGUUUUAAUCAGAAUCAGACUGACAAAAUGCUUUUCAGGUCAUUUUCCUUUCAUACAGAUACUCUGUGAAAGAUACUCUUCACUUUUCAACAACCAACAUGUGUGCUAACUACAUUUUUCACAGGUCAUUACCAUCAUAAACAUUAUACAUGUAGACGCCUCAUUACGUGCAGGAGCGUAAUCCAGUGUCGCCGCCAUAUUGGAUGGGUCUCCCCACUCCAGGCUCAAUGGAGAACGAGCAACUAUGCACGUUUUUUUGCACUCUAUGGUUGAAAAACCCGACGCAGUAUUGAAACCAGAUCAUGUAGGAUUAGAUUUCACAAAUAGGAUUGUAAAAUAGUUUGUUUUAUUUUUAAUGUGUGACAUUGUCCUGUAUUAUUGCUACAUCCCUGCCGUUAUAACAAACCAAACAGUGUGAAAAUCGGGCAGAGAUUCGGAGAGUUAUCGAUAUGGUUGGGUAUUCCUGACCCAUCCAAGAUGGCCGCCGCACUGAUACGAGAGCGCCAAUUGGCAGCGUCAGGCUUUGAGGCGUCUACGUAUAUUAUGUCUAUGAUUACCAUCGCCAUCGUUCCUGAAGUUUAUUGUUGAUCUUGUUUAUUUUUAAGGACAGGUUUUGAGAAAGCUUGUCCAGAAGCUCCCUUGAUGAAACCCAGAGAGCUAAAUCUUCUCCUUUAACUCUCAGCAGAAGAGAAAUAAACAUCAUGUUCCUGAAUGUAAAAUGACACAGAGUGAGAACAGGGUUAGGGAAACCUCUAUAAUCUGACUACCUGACCCGGCUGAACUCCUGUCUGACUGUUUUGCUGGCUGUUUCUCCCCACCCAGAGCUGGCCCUUCAUGCUAAUCUGAGCAAAGUGAAAUGGAUGAGUACCUCUAGUCUGUUACAGAACAAGCGGCGAGGUACAGAGCCGCUCUGAGGAGGAGCCAUGUUUGCUGUGGUUUGUGGUGGUCAUGAGUGAAUUUUUUAUAGAGGUAACCUGUAGUUUAAAGUCAGCCUCCAUUCUUGGUGUUAAGGCAUGUUGUUUUUCUGGAGGUAUUUUCCUUAAAUCAGUCACUCUCUCUCUUCCCCUGAUUGUUGCUGUUUGGUGUGGAGAAUUAUGAACACACAGAGUGGAAACUUUUUUUUUUCCUGAGUGGUAAUCUAAACAGAUCAUGUUGAUUCAGAUCUGGGUGUGUUUUACCGGGAUCUGUCUAAUCUCUGCAUUGUUUUUUUCCUGGGAUUUUGGAUUGUUUUGGUUUGACUUCUAUGUGUAAAAAUGUGUUUUUAAACCACAGACUGUUGAUAAGAUCUGGAUGUAGACACCAGUCAGUCUGUGGACUACUUUUUUGAAGCCUGGACUUUUAGAUUUUAGCCACUUGCAUCUUCUGACCAAAUUUGAGGAAAGUUAUGGAGCUGUAGGGGGACAAUACUAGAGCUAGUAUAAGUGAAUUGCCGCUUUUUCCUCAUAAAAUAUACUCUAAAACUCUUUUGCAUCCCCUACUUUACGUUCUGUUUUCUCUAAAUGAGACUAUCCCUCACAAAAUUUGAAUCCUAUUAUUUUGAAAAAGACUUUAAGCUAAAUGUUGACACUGUAAACUCAUUAGGAAAAUGUUCAGAAAGGAAGUAAGAAGCACUUAUGCUAAGUCCACUUCUCCAACCAUUUCUUAAAUACAGUCUGUGGUUUACAUGCGUUGAUUCGCCAAUAAUCUGCUUUAAAGAAAAACAUGUUGUGGUUUUUUGUACUCUCCCUGCAAGAUUUCAUGUGUUACUGCAUCUUUCUUUCCAUGUGGGAUUAAGCUCCACACGCAUACUAGCACCUAAAAUAUCAUCUCAGUCCUUUGAUAUUGAUAAAUGCAUCUUUUCUUGCCUAAUUUUACAUCAUAAAAAAGUUUUAAUGCCACAUGAGGAAAGAGUGAUACAGAUUCACUUUUAUGAAUCUCCUGUUUUUUAAAAGUGAAAUAUUUAUCUUUGAAUCUUCUCCUUUUCUCGCCUCUCAGGCUGGAAUAAGGCGUCUCUCUCAGUGGACGCCUCAGAAGAGAACGAUGGUUACUCCAGCGGCGAGGACCCCAUGAACUCUGACCCCGAGGACGACAUAGGAAAAAAGCUGGUGAGUCUGAAGUCAAAGUAUUUCCCCCCUGACUCUUUCCUCCUAUCAGUGACACUGACUCUGGGGACCUUUGACCCUCCAGGCUCCAGGGAAGUACACAGUGGUGGCAGACUGUGAGAAGGCGGGACCUCAGGAGCUGUCCGUCAAAAGCGGAGACAUGGUGCAGCUGAUCAGAGAAGGAGAGGAGGGACAGUGGUAAUCAUCUUUAACAUUCAUUUUUCUACAGACUUGAGAGAUUGUUUUUAGUUGUUUGAACAUUAAGAUCUGAAAAUACAUAUAUGUGCUUCAUAAAGAGAGAGUUGGUUCAAGUGUGUGUUUGUUUUAUCUGCUGCAGGUUUGUGAAGAAUCUGCGCACCAGUAAGGAUGGCUGGGUGGCAGCAGCAAACCUCCUCAGCCUCAUCUCAGAGUCCAAGUCAUCCCAGUCGCUCAGCAGCUCAGGUAUUUAUUUUACUCUUUAAGAUCCUGAGAAAAGUGCUUCACCCCUAGAGUUAAAGAUUACAUUUUUAAUAACCUAGUUUAUCUGGACCAGAUGUAUGCAUCUGUUUUUUUUGUUUGUCUUUGGCUGUAAACACUUCUGCGGGUCUUGUGUCCAGAGUGGACACGCUUAACUCUGUUGCUGUUUGCGUGUUUGUCCUGCAGAUGGCAGCGUCUCUGGAAACCUCAGCACUUCUUCCAGCUGCAGUGAGACUUACACCAGCUACUCCGACAUCAAACCCUGAGCCUCCAUCCGUCCAUUCACUGAAAAAAAAACAUUCUCCAACUGGAUUUACAAAAGCUACAACUUGACCCUGAUGGAAGAACAAGAUCAACUUUGACCCAGUUUGUCUAAUCCUCGCUCAUUUCCCUCUGCUGUAUUACUCUACUUUUUUAAACCUGUUCCCCUUUUUAUACAAAUUUUACGUUCAGAUUUACUUUAAAGUACAAAGAGCUUUGAAACUGCUUCAGUAAAUGGCUUCAGAUGGCAGCUGCAAAAUCUUUGAUCAGAUGUUCACCUAACUCCACGGACGAUGUGACAUUUUACUGGGUCUGAUUUGUUUCCUCCUGUCCUUUCGCGUCUUCACUCGAAUAACCCCUCUGAUAUGUAGCAUUGAAGAUUCAAAGAAGGUCUGCUCUAAAGGUGGCAGCAGCUCAGAAAAAUAUUAAAACCCUUCAACUUCAUGUGGUUAGAUAGUCCAAGAAUUCCCUGAAAUAUGGGCUCACAUCCAUCAUGCACUGUGAAAAGAGGCAGCUGGCUGCAACAAGAAAACUCUUCAAGUGGUGUCAGAGUAGUUAUGAUGCUGUAGCCCCCUAUCUAGAGCUCCUUUUGCUCUGGUUUUAUGGUUAUAACCUGCUCUAUCAACCUCCUUGGUGGUCUUUGACUUCCCUGACAACUCCUACGAAUCACCUGCACGCAGUACGGCAGCUUGGAGCAACUUCUCAACCUCCUUUUGUUAUGGAUUCACCUCUCCAGAAGGCCAAGAAGUUGGGUGGGCAGGCAGGUGUGGCGGCAUACCUGCACGUGUUCCCUUAAGUGUCUUUGUGUGGCAGAAUUCUUGCAUUUGUAUGAACUGUAGAAGUUACCUGACAAGGUUAUGUCACUUCAGAGCCUGUGAGGAGUUUAUUGCUUGUUAAAAAGAGGGUGGAAUUUAUCUCGAGGCCUCUUUAUGACUCAGAAAAGCAAACAAAAAUACCCGCAUAAAGUUUAACUACUUCUGCAAAUUUAUUUUUAACUUGUAUGAUUUACUAGUACUAUUGCGUAUCUCCAAGUUGGAAGCCUCAAUUUUAUCUCUAAUUGUGGUCAUUUCUCAGCUUUCUGAUUGGUGAACGGCCACACAUACUUAAGAUAGAUGUAAUUACGAGAGAGAUCAGCUCGUAUUUUACAUGAAAACACACAUUUGACAGUCUCAGAUAUGAUGGGAAAUGAGAAUGUUUGCUCAAAUAAAAUGAUCAUUGUAAGGACAAGUCCUCCACAGAGCGACCAUGUGUACCAGUGGCCUACAGCUCAAUGAUUGGUGGUUGCCAUAUCAACAAACAAAGUCAGUAUACUUUUUAACUUGAUCCAAUCUCUUUCUUGUUUAUGAAAUGACCACAAUUAGCCAUAUUAUUGAGAUGUAUUUGACUCAUGACAUGAAGCACUGCAAUAGUAUAUAAUAAUAUAGGAGCUCCCUGUCUUUAGUUUGGCAUCACAAGAAGGUGGCAACCAUGGGAAUUCGCCUAUUAAAGGUCAACUGAAUAUAUUAGCUUACUAUUAACAAAUGUUUUUGCCACAGUGUCAACAGGCAAAGGUGAAAUAUGUUGCUAGUCUUGUUGAUAUAACACUUGUGAGCAGAUUAUUCAUGGUGCCACUUUUGCAUAUGAGAAGUAAUUUAGUGUUUAAUACAUCCAGGUAAUAAACAUGUCUAAUUUCUCUAAUACAUUGGGAAAAAAACUAGUUUUGUUAGUUUUAUAGGAGCAACAAAAUCAGCUGCUGUAAGUGAAUUGUGUGGCUUCAAAAACCGUUCCCCAUAUCAGUCAGGCUUGUUUCUCCAACAAGGUCCUGUCUAGAGAUAUUUAGACAAUUAGUCCAAGCUGUAUGUUCAUAGAUAAUAGAAACUACAAUCCUCGGGAAUUUCCUGGCUGGACAAGUUUUAUGAUAACAUUCAUCGCGGCUCCUUGAAGGUAACAAACCCCUUAAAACAAAUGCUCACUAACCCAAACCUCUGCAUGUUCAAUUCAAGGCCACGUCUCUCACCUUUCUUUGCUCUGCACUGCAGCAACAAAAGCCGUCUUUGUCCCCCUGCGCUCCCAGCCCCGCUCAGGCAUGUGACAGCAUCUCCAUGUCUCUCUGAGCAGACCUAACCGGGCCUGUCAGACCUCCAUGACACAUCUGCACCACCAGUCUGAGAGCAAUAUGUGUUUACUUGACACCACAAUGUAGCUGAGUAAUCGUCACGACUGGAGAAAGGUGCAAAAAGUAAUAAGAAAAGUCUGACUUUUGAGUGUGAUUUUCACAGCAGGGGGUUUGGAGAUGACCCUGCUGUGGAGUUGAGGAUGUUUGUACAGGUUAAUGACACAACCAGCUGCUGUGACACACUUCUGAACACACACAUUUGCUAUUCUGAACACUGAAUGACACAUUUUUCUUAUAUGUUUUUCAAGAGUAAAUGUGUUUUUUAUACUGCAAAGUUUCUACUGAUCCAGAAGAUGCACUGUAAAACAAUCUCAUCCCUUCUUUAUUUUAAAUGUUGAAUGUUUGUAAUUAAACACGAAAACCAGCCCCACCUGAUUUAUUCCUCAUCAUGGGUUACAUUUGUCCACUUGCUUCACAAGCCAAUAUUCGACUCUUGCUUUGUGACCUAUAGAGCUUCAUUUAGGGCGGUUUAGAACCAUUAUUAAAGAUGUAACACAUGUCCCUGUGAAACAAAGGACUCUUGAAAAAGGAAAAAGCUACCGUCCUGGUCUGUCGGUGUCAAACUGUGGCUGGUAUUAUGUGCUGUGAGUUCUGUAAGACUGAGAAAUGUAUGUUAGACUUGUACAGAUGUGUCCUCUUAUACCUCACUUAGUUUUUCUCCAGCGCAUGUAUAUUGUGAAGAGGAUAUGUUUUUUGUUUUUUUUGUGAGUCUUCUUGUCUCUCUGUUCAUCAGCAUGUACUUCAUAGAUCCACUUUUAAAACUCUGGAGUCCUCACCCUGAGGAAAAGAGAAUUGUAUUUUUUACCUGGCACUGUUGCAUUUUGUGAGAGUUUAUUUUUUUGCCCUCUUAUCAAAGCUGACGCGGGCACUAAACUGGUCAGUUGUUUAUGAUGAUCACAUGAUAAAGCUUAUCAAAUUAUUUGUACUUUUGACGCUGGAGGGGGGGGAAGGUUGUUAUAUUUUUUAGUUUCUUUUUAUGCAGCACAUUGCAGCAACCACUGUCUUUAUUUUCCUAUCGUAUCUACUGAGUAUGGUGUCGAUAUAAAUACAGUAUAUUAUAAUGAGAUAUUGGUGUAUAUUUGUACAUAUGUAAUUCUGAAUUGUAUGUAAAAUUAAAGCAGCUUUAAUAAAGUCUGAAAUGUUUCCUUUAAA